GUCGUCACGUCACGCACAGGUGAGCGGGUUCCAAACGGAGAAAGCAGCCAAAGUUGGGGGAGGAGCAAGAUGUCGCGUGCAUCCACCUGACCGCCGCGAACAGGACGGCCAAUCGAAAGCAGAGAAGCUGAUCGGGCUCCACUGCGCCACCGCUAACCCGCGAGCGGGCUGAGGGCUAGGUGUGCGUGCUCGCGGCGCCACGCGCUAACUCGGUCAUCUAAUGUAACUGUCUGAGUGAAGUGACGGUUGCCCUGACAGCUGGGAGGGAGAGCUGCGCGUGCUCUCCAACUCGUAUCCCUGCGGCCAGGCCCCGCCCCUGUCCCUGGGCUGGCCACGCCCCCUCUCUCCCUGGCUGUCUGCGCUGCCCCCUCCUCUCCUCACUCAGUAUACGGCGGAGAGCACCGGAGGCGGCACGCAGCGCACUGACAGGAGCGGCACUGCGAGGACUCGGCAAUCUCCCUCCCAGCACGGACCGAGCCGGGGGCUGAGAGGACAUGCACCGCUCCGGGCAUGCUGACACCUGUGUGAUCGCGGACUGAGCCCACCUGCCGUGCCUUAUACCCUGGAUCUAUCGCACCAUGGCCUGGGUCAAACUAUUCCGCCGCCAGGCCGGGGGGAACCUGGGCAAGGUGUACCAGCCGGGCAGCAUGCUCUCCCUGGCUCCCACUAAAGGCCUCUUCAACGAGCCCGGCCAGAACAGCUGCUUCCUGAACAGCGCCGUGCAGGUGAGCCGCCCGGGGGGGCGCUGCUGGACACGUCUGGCUGGCCAUAUGUAUCAUGGGAAUGGUAGUCCUCAAUAGCUGGAGUGCAGAGAUAAACCAGAGCUACAGGUGUGAUCAUGGAGUGACCAUGGCAGCCCACCUGCCUGGCAAAGCAUCCUGGGAAAUAGAACAACACCUGGGCAGGCAAAGCAUCCUGGGAAAUAGAACAACACCUGGGCAGGCAAAGCAUCCUGGGAAAUAGAACAACACCUGGGCAGGCAAAGCAUCCUGGGAAAUAGAACAACACCUGGGCAGGCAAAGCAUCCUGGGAAAUAGAACAACACCUGGGCAGGCAAAGCAUCCUGGGAAAUAGAACAACACCUGGGCAGGCAAAGCAUCCUGGGAAAUAGAACAACACCUGGGCAGGCAAAGCAUACUGGGAAAUAGAACAACACCUGGGCUGGCAAAGCAUACUGGGAAAUAGAACAACACCUGGGCUGGCAAAGCAUACUGGGAAAUAGAACAACACCUGGGCUGGCAAAGCAUACUGGGAAAUAGAACAACACCUGGGCAGGCAAAGCAUCCUGGGAAUCUAGAACAACACCUGGGCAGGCAAAGCAUCCUGGGAAUCUAGAACAACAACUGGGCAGGGGCAAAGCAUCCUGGGAAUCUAGAACAACAACUGGGCAGGGGCAAAGCAUCCUGGGAAACUAGAACACCACCUGGGCAGGGGCAAAGCAUCCUGGGAAAUUAGAACAACACCUGGGCUGGGAAAUAGCAUCCUGGGAAAUUAGAACAACACCUGGGCUGGCAGUACUAGCCAUCUCUACUAGCCGAUCCAUUCUGUGCUAUCACGCCUUUAUUACUGGCAAACUGGAUUAUUGUCAUUUAGCUGUACAAAUACCACAGUCCAGUACACAGUUAAUAAAGGGUGUAAUAACAAAAACAGUUUGUCAGAUGAAAAAAAGCCCAACCUGUUAGUAUGGUGAAUAUUGUGCUUUUAUGUAGCCUUCUGUUUACAUGGUGACCUGUGUAUAAGUAUUUAUACUAUACAUAAACAGGAAUAGAGUAUAAACCUAUAUAUGUGUGUAUGUGUAUAUAUAUAUAUAAUGUUGUGUCUAGCUGCCUGAAGGGCGUGCUACUUUCAUAGUUCCAAGAAGAACCAUGAUAUCAUUGGACAUGGUUUUUAUUUUUUGACACCCUGUAGAGAGCCAGAAGUGUCUUCUCAUAUUCCGAGGAAUUUUCUGCCAGUUUCUGUAUUUACAUAUGUUCCCCCACCUUAUUCUGUAUAAGCUUCGUGUGUGCCAAAAAUGACACGAAGAUAGUUUGCAGAAUGUAGCUUAUGCCUGUCCAUUCAGUGUGUCUGUGUUUUGUUUUCCAGAGUAUGUGACAUAAUUUACCUCUUAAUCAAUUCCAAAGUGAGCCUGAUGAGAUGCUAUUACCUGGUUAAAUACAAAGCAGUUUCAUUAUUACAGCUCGACAAAAGCAGGUCCCCUAUUUUUAAAAUUUAUUUUUCAAAAAUAUAAUUGUUUUGUUACUCUGAGUAACAGAAACAAUCAAUGCGGGUGGCAAAAAGUAGCAAGCUGUUGAGUAAAUUGCUCUCAUGAACCUAAGUAGCUCCACAGUUGAUGAACAACUAUAACUACCUUCAUGGUUGUAAUAUGGGAGUUAUAGCAGCUGCACCAACUUUUGACCUCCCUUACUUUAGAAUCCAUUUUACAGAAUAGAGGACUGCCAACAUAUAUCACACUUGUUUACUUUCAUAAUACUGUGCUUCUGAACCUCGUUUAUUUUUUAACCUUACAAGUGUUACAUGUACCUAUCAUUUAAUAGAUCUUUUUGCUCUUCUGAAUUUCAGGGAGAUGGUUUCAUAUUAUACAUAAUACUUUUAUGAAUGAUUUCCUUUACUACCCAUAUAUUAUUUUCCUUUGGUUCAUCUAGGAUACCUCAACCUGAUUGCGCUAAAAUUGGUGGAAGCAUUUGUUUCCUUUUUCUUUUACUAUGUACAAUAAUAAAAUCUCCCAUGUACACUUAUACGGAGGAAGAACACAUACUUUUCAUUUGUGUGCAGUUGUGUCUGGCACUGAACUGGUUUAAAGUUGUUUGGGAAAACUGUAGUCUUUUUAUUAUUUUGAACAUUGGAGCUACAAAUUCUAUGUGGAUGGAUCAUGUUGAAUUCUACCCAGAAGAAAAAUUUUGAAUAUGUGUGUUUGCAGAGUAAAAGCACUUUUAAGGGGCCUGUCAAGUAUAAAAUCUGCAAAUAAUUAUUUUUGCCCGAUAUGAUAGUAAAAUGGCAAGCAAUGUAUUGAUUUGCAGACAUGGAAGAAUAUUUGGUAAUGUAUUGCCUCGUGAUAUGUUAGGGACACUAUAUCAAUUUGUUUUUCUUACGAGCUUUGAGCACUUCUGUCUUUCAAAAUAAGUUGGGAGGAAUCAAAAAUAUUAUAUAUGGUGGUAUAUAUUGUUUCCACAUGGCAGAGAACAUGGAGUAUUCAUUAGAAUUAUUGUUAUGGUGGUUUCCUGAUUUUCUUGAUUAUCAAAUUAGUCGCGUUAAGCCAAUGUUAUGCAGACUACUUCUCAGGAGCCAGUUUGGUUAUUUUGGCCAAAACUUGGAAAUCUUAUCACAUUGCCCAUUGCAGGUAUGAAUCAAUAUGACUACCAGGAAGUGUAAUCCAUACCUCCAGUGGGGAAUAGCCCAUGGGAAACCAGGCACAUUAAUUCUCUGUUCAAUUGCUUGAAAUGGUUUAGCAUUCAAUGGGGGGCAGGGCCAGGGGACUCCAUGCACCAUAAGAAAAUUGAAUGGAUGGGAUGAAAUAGGUGUAGUGCCUACAGCGUCUCUUCAAGUCACAUGAUUUAAUUAAUACUUGCUUAUAGUGUACUUGUCAUGGUAUGCAAAACUUGCUCUUCUGUUAAAGAGCAUUAAGGGGACAGUAUAGUCACCAAAACCACUACAACUUAAUGCAGUGGGUCUAGUGUCCUAUCCCCACAGGUUCAGCAUUGUAAACACUGACUUUUCAGAGAUGGUAACACUUCUAGUGGCUGCCACCAGUUACUUCUUUGGUUAUGUCCUGCCCUAUUUUGCUUGUUCGGAUAUCUGUUAGUUUGGCACUUUAGGAAUUCUUAGUCUUGUUCUGGCACAGUGCUUUCGCCAGUAUAGGAUGUUCUGGUAUCAGGCUGCUGGCAGUAAAACCAGCAUGUUGAUCAUAAGGGAUCAUUACCCUGUUUGAGGAUGAGACUCCAGCAUGGUAAUUCACUGUUUAGAUGGGAAGGAGAGAAGGUAGGGUUGGUGUUACAGUAGUUUAAUACCCACGUACAUCUGGGAAUGGGGCUGCUAGAAAGUACCGGUAAUAAAACUAGAAUUGCUCCCAAAGCAAAUUGUUUAUCUAAAUUAUAAAUUAUAUGAUUACUGUUUUUAGGAUUUUUUUUGUACAUAAACAUACAUCCAGCAUGACAGGUUAAUUUCAUGAAUGAAUGCUUGUUCAGGAUCGUUUUUUUUUGGAGGGGGAGGGAGGGGGUUUGUCUUUAAACUGACCUGUUACCUUCUUUUUUUGUGGUAAAUUUAGUGAGGCAAAACCAACAGAAUUGUUGCCAAGUCCUCCCAUUGAUGGCAGGCAUCUCAUUACAUAGAACUAGCUGUUGUUGUUUGAUAUACAUGUUCGAGAUUAUAUUGCCAUUUCAUUGAGUAGUCAAUGGAAUUAAUCACCUGCACAAGAAUGAGUUUUAUAAGUUAUAAAUUAUGUUAUGUAUAAUGAAUAAGAUCAUAACAAAGACAAUGCGUUGGAAUACGAGACGAAUAUGUCCUAUUCAUGGCUUCCAUGUUUUAUGCUGUUAGUCAGACAUUAGGUGUUACUUUCUACAGUAAACCUGGAGAAUAAACUGAAUGUUCACUAGGGUUACAUUUCUACUGGAAAGGGCUACAUUUUCACUCACAUGGCUAUUGGCAAGUAUACAUUUUUAGCCCUGGUAUAUUCCUGCACUGCCCAUUGUAGUCACACACACACACACUUCAUGCGAGAUCCAGCUGCCAGUCCUGAAGUACAGAUCUCUCCAUGCAUUGCACAGAUAUUGUUUGGUGGAAAGAAUAAACUGUGCUGAGCAGCAGAGAGUAAAAUAUCUGAUGGUCGCACAUAGCAACAUAGUGCUGCCACUGUUUACAUCUGUUAUAAGAAAGACAAAUAUAGGGCAAUGCUUGUUUUAAAUGUAUUUUUUUUUUGCUUAUAAUUUGUCAUUUAUUUGUGCUGCUAUUUUGUCAUACAGAUGUAAACAACCGUGCUAAUAUCUACUAUCGAAUCACAAUAUCUUCCUAUAGCAAUACAUUUAAAUGAAUGAAUGACUUUGCUGGGAAUAUUGGGCUACAGUGGAUCUUAAUAGGAAACACUCUACAUGUGCAGUAGUAGUGAGUGUGUGGUGGUAUAUUCAUUAAAGCCUUUCUAACAAGACAAAGACAACUAAGAGCUGCAGUCUACACUUAUGGGGCAUCAUGUAGGAGUUUGCAGAGCUUCAGGGGAUGCUGCAUCUUUGUUAGAGAGAUUGUACAUUAGAACAUAACCCACUUGUAGGUGAAGUCUAUGUGACAGAUGAAUUGUUUGAACAAAGGCCUAAGAAGUUGAAACACAAAUAUAAUGGAGGGAAGAUGGAGAGAAAUUAUAUUUUUUUACAAUUUGCAUGGUAGAAAACAGUAUAAAUUAACAGGAAAAUAAAGUUAGACUUCACCUACAAAUGGUUUUUAUGUGACAGAUGAAUUGUUUUUUAGUAGUUUAGUUUUAAGGAAAAACUUACUGGCAUUGUAAAUAAUAUUGGAAUAUUUAGAGAGAGUGUGUUUUUUUGUUUUUUUUGUUUUUUGUUUUCUUACUAACUUGGCUACCUAAUACCUAGGGAUAUGUUUUGGAAUAUGGAAUGUAAGCGACUGUAUAGAGGGCAUACAACUAAUAUGUGCAAGGUAAAGUACAGAAUUCAAAACCUGAUUGACUAGUGUUCAUGGGUCUUCCCACAUGCCAAACUAUGUAUGUAUUCCAGUACUUCCUGUUAAAGGGCCAUUCCAAGCAUAGAUGUGGCACUUGUAGAUUUCCAUUGUUUGUAGUAAAUCCUUAGGAUCUGCUGUUUCUACUGAGACUAGCAUGGGACUUGUUCUCAUCUGUUUUUAGUUAGAUACAACUUUGUUUGAAAUUAUACAAGGGCUGAAUGAAUGUACUACCUGUGGAAGUUAAUUGAAGCAGCUGGAUUGCUUUGCAUAAAGCUGUCAUGAACAAGCCUAUUGCAUAUCAGUGUUUCCAUGAACCCCUGGGAAAUGUAGCAGGCAUUCAUACUGCUGUGUUUUAGGUUUUUGUUCUUGUUUUGUUUUGAGAUGUUGGAUUUUGUUGGUAUUUCUACCACAACAAUUAUGUGGCCUCUUGUAAAGAAACCGGACAGUUCUUGUAGCUUGGGAGCUAGCAUUGCUAUAAUGCUCAUUUCAUCCAGAACCCGUGGUGUGGUUUUAUUUUUAUUUUUUUUAUUUGUUCUCCCCCCACCCCACCCUCCAUUUCUAUGCAGGUCUUAUUUUUUUUUUCUCUUUGUUUUAAGUGUUUUUCCAUGUAAUUCAGAAAAUUACAGAUAAAAGCCACCAAGGGACUUUUCUAAGAAUGAAGGAAAUCCUCUCGAAUUCCAAUCGACUCUACAAUAUACUUCCUUUAUAAGUUAAAGUAGAAAGUGUUUUUGUUUGUUUCCAAUCUCUUGUUUAUGACUACAUUUCUUUCUAAGCAUAGAGUGACUAGGUUUUACUAAGCUGACUAAUAAACAAUUUUGUGUGUAGUUCUACAAAAAGAAAUGGACAUCAACAUGUCUGUUUUUGUUAUUGUGUUGUAAUCUCAAAAUCUACAUUAUAUACAUGAAACAUAACUCUGUAUAAGUCAAAUAUGGGACUACAAGGACAUCCCUUUAUCCGAUGUGGUCUUUUGGGUCAGUGAUAACCCAAAGAAGCUGCUACUUAAUAUUGCCAUAACAAUGUGUAGCACCUGAUACAUCAAUUAACUUUUUUUUCUCUUUUUGAGCAGUUAGUACUCCAAUGGAGUUUUACUAGGCCUCAGUUGGUAAGAUAAGACACCAAUUUAUUUAAAUGGUCUCUACAUUAGAAUAAGUGUUUAUGAAUAGAAAGGUCUGUGUUAAAGGGAUUACACUAUAGUGCCCUCUCCUCCUCCCUCGUGUCUCUGCCCCCCCUCCCCCCCAGCAUAUGAAGGGUUUAAAUUUAUUCCCAGAAGCACCUCCAGAGGCUGUCUCUGUCCUGUAUUGUAAAUAUUGCAGUUUUUCAAAAACUGCCUUGUUUUACAUUUGACCCAGACCACUUCAAUCAGAUGGAGUUGUCUGGGUACAUACAGAGUGUCCCUUUAAGUUCAUUGUUUGCCUUCCCAUGGCAUCAGCCCAGGAAUUGAAAAGCAAGCAUGGGAAUGGCCCUGUAUAUUUAAUAAAUAUGGAGUUUUAUUCUGAAGAAGGAAGAUUUAAAAAAUAUAUAUAUUUUUUAUAUAUAUAUAUAUAUAUAUAUAUAUAUAUAUAUAUAUAUAUAUAUAUAAUAUUUUUAUUUAUUUCUGGGCACCAAAACCCAUUUAAGCACUUUUAAUUUUUCAUUGUUGUAUGUAAUAAGUAAAACUAAACCAAAAAGUGAGACUAUAGCUUUAUUUUCCUGUUAAUUUAUACUGUUUUCUACCAUGCAAAUUGUUAAAAAUAUAAUUUCUCUCCAUCUUCCCUCCAUUAUAUUUGUGUUUCAACUUCUUAGGCCUUUGUUCAAACAAUUCAUCUGUCACAUAAACCACUUGUAGGUGAAGUCUAUGUUCUAAUGCUCAAUCUCUCUAACAAAAAUGCAGCAUCCCCUGAAGCUCUGCAAACUCCUACAUGAUGCCCCAUAAGUGUAGAAUUUGAGUGGUCCCACUGCAGUGUGUGUCUCUUCUAGGUGUGCUUGUGUAUUUGAGCCCAACCUCCAUAUCUCACAUGCAGCUCUUAUUUAUUUUGAACCCUUCUCUUUAGGUGGUUUUAUUAGCUAAGCAUAACCUGCAGCUGUUAUUUAUGGUUCCCCUAGAAUAGAGGUAAAACAUCACUUUGUAUUUUUAGAGGGGAAGAAUACUGGUUGGAUGGGUUAUAUGAGAAUGCUGUGCCUGGAAUGUUUGAGGUAUGAGUAAAUCUGGCUCUGGCAGGACUGUCAUUCAUUAUCAGACUGUUAUAUAAGCCUAAUAAUGCUAAAUUAACUUAGUGCAGCAGUGUGUGAUUAUUUUAUUACUUACAACAUAUUCCAAAAAAGGAAUUGAUUUAAAAUGUUUUGAUACACUUUUUUUUUUUAUUAUUUAAUAUUUUUGUAUAAACAUUUAAAGUGUUUUAUAUAAACAUCAAUAUAUUAAAAUAUUUUUCAAAAUAUUAAAUAAUUUGAAAAGCUUAUCUAAAAAUAUUAAAUAAAGUGCAAAAUUAGGUGCAAUUUGUUUUCCAAUGAAAGCGGCACUGUCAUAUCUGAGGACUUUGCCGAAUUCGCAAAGUCCCCCGACGGUCUCAUCGCCGCUGGGGUGUCCGGUGACGGCAGGUAAAGGUGAGAUUAUUUACCUGAAUCUGUCUCUUACAUGCGCCGCCAUCUUUCUUGCCCUGCUCCUCUUCAAUGCCAUGAGCUAACAUCAUGGUGGUACUCUUGUGCAUGUGACAGUGCCACUUUAGUUAUUUUGGUGUUCUAAGAUUGAUGCCCACAUAUUUUUAUUUUUUUUUAUUUAUUUUUUAAAAUAGCUCUUAACUUCUAAGAUUUUUAUUACAAUCCUGACUUCUUGCAAAAAGCUGUAGAAUUAAAUAAAAUGGCAUCAGUCAUUUUUUUUUUAGUAUUCAAUAUUACAUGCAAUGCCACGUGAAGGAAUUGGGAGCAGCAGCCACAGAGAAAAGGAACAUGUCAACUAAAAUUAGUUAACCCCUAAAGCACUUCAGAAGCGAAAAUUCAUUAGGGGAGUAAAGUGUCCCUUUUUAAGGAGUCUUUAGAAUUUUAGAAAAUUCUUUGUAAUACAAAUCUCUUACCAAAACACAGUUUUUGCUUUGUUAUAAUGGUGACAGACCUAGAAAUAAGAUAAUUCUUUGUACACUUUAAAGGGACGGUUUAGACAGUUUCAUCUAACUGAAGCUUUUAUGGUGCCAGGAGGCCCCUUGUGCACUCUUAUCUUCUCGAAUGUUUUAACCCUAAAGUUGCCUCCAACACUCAUCUAUGCUCUCCCCCUAGGCUGCAUCUGGCUUUUAAAACUUCAGUUUCAGGAAGUAUGGAGUGCCACCAGUUAGGGGCACUGCUGAUUGGCUGAGCGUGUCAACUGACAUCUCUCAGCCAAUCAGUGACUCUCCAUUCACUAAUCUGAUUUAGGAAAAAAUAAAUCAGCAAGUCAGCGCCACCCCUGCAUUUCAGACAAUGGAUGCCAGAGUGCUGAGAGACUCUGGAGGCAACUUUGGGGUUAAACCAUUCAAGAACGAUUUUACCCCCGAGGAAAGAGAUGGCACGGGUUCCUCCUGGCACCAUAACAACUUCACUUAGCUGAGUGCCCUUUAAGCUAGUUUAGAGCUUGUGUUAUGUACGCUUGGUGAUACUCCCAGAAAUAGAGAACAUCUUUUUAAGAGUGUAUUUUGCAAAGUUGAAACCAUGGAAAAUUCAUAAACUAUGAAGUAUAAUGCAGUAUAUGCAAUGAUUUGUGGACCCAGGACAUACUUGAAAACGAGAGAAAUCUCAAUGUAUCUUUCCUGGUGAAAUAUUUUAUAAAUAAAAAAUAAUAAAUAAAUAUAACUUGAGCAGAUUUCAGGCAGUUUGUGUUGUGUUUUGCAAUGUUAUGUAAUGUUUGGAUUGGAAUUGUAACCAUAUGUGUUCUAUAAUGUAUAGUUGUUGUUGUUAUGACUCAUUUAGUAUGUACUUUUUAUUCAUUCCUGCUUUAAGUGGGUUUCUUUAACAGGUCCACUGUGACCCCAUAAUAACUCAGUAUCUGUGAAAUUGUUAUGGGAUCUGGAAUCUCUGGGCGCCAUCUUAGUUUAGUGCUAAACCGUUUUUGUCUCCUUGGAUGCACAUCAGGUUGCCUCCUCUCAUCCCUCCUCAGCCACUCCGCUGAUAGGGAAGUAUUGACUUGGGCAGCUAAUUAUAGGUUGAGAUGUUAUCGGCCAAUUGUUAGAGUGCUAUUGCAGUGUGUUGUAAUCGUUAGAGUGCUGCCUUGGACUGCCCUAUUUAAUAAAUGUAAAUAAUUUUAUCUAUGGAAUUUAACACUAUAAGAGAGAGAGAGAGAGAGCUUGCCACUAUAUCGACAAAAGUUUUUGGACACACCUCUUGACCCAUUGCCACAGGUGAAUAAAAUCAAGCACCUAGCCAUUCAGUCUGCAUUUACAAACAUUUGUGGGGGGGAAAUGGGUCAUUCUGAAGAGCUCAGCGAAUUCAAGCAUGGUACUGUGAUAGAAAUGCAACCUUUGCAAUAAGUCAAUUUGUGAAAUGUCAUCCCUGCUAGAUAUCCCACGGUCAACUGUAAGUGGUAUUAUUGGAAAGUGGCACAGCAGCAACUUAGCCACAAAGGGGAAGAUUGUGUAAAGUCGCAGAGCUGGCUCACAGUGCUGAAGCGCAUGAUGUGUAAACGUCGCCAACGCCCUGCUGAAUCCAUACCUUGAAAGUUCAAGCUUCCAUUGGGAUUAAUAUCAGCACAAAAACUGUGCGGUGGGAGCUUCAUGGAAUGGGUUUCCAUGGCCAAGCAGCUCCAUGCAUGCCUCACUUCACGAAGUACAAUACCAACAUUGAAUCGCAUGGGUGGAGCACGCCGCCUCUGGAGCAUUAAAAAUGUGUUAUGUGGAGUAACUAAUCACUAAUCAGUUCUCUGUUUGGCAGUCUGAUAGGCAAUUCUGGGUUUAGUGAAUGCCAAGUUUGUUACUUGCCUGACUGCAUUGUGCCAACUGUAAAUACCCAAAGACAAAGUAGGUACUACUUUUAUCUUAUGGACAAGACUUAGGUUGACCAUAACUCACAAAAGGCUGUAAUUUGCUCUCCCAAAGACAAAGGUAGUGAAGCAGGGUGGAUAUAAAUUUAAAUGGUUUAAAAAAAAAAAAAAUAAAUAAUAAAUAAAUUUAAAAAAUGAUAUUAUUUAUAGAAUUUUCUUUCCUUUUUGUGUGUGUCUGAUUUUAGUCGCCUAUUUUCCCACACUGUGCCGGUCUUGCCAUAGCUGGCCACACACGUGAGGCUAUUGCUCUGGCACUAAUCCGCAUCUUCAUAGAAAAGCAUUGAAUCAAUGCAUCUCUAUGGGGAACAUUGAGCGCCUCCGUGCAGUGUGAAGACUCUGAACGACAUUGCUACACACUGUGCAGGCCUGACACAGGAAGUACCUCUAGUGGUCGUCCGAGUGAUUGUUGCCAAGUAACACCUCUGAUGACAAUGUAAACACUGCCUUUUCUCUGAAAACACAGUGUUUAACCCCUUAAGACCGCAGCCAAAUGUACAAGUUGUGAUCAAAAUAAAACGUAAACAAAACCUGGCAUUUGCGCUAUAUGUCUGUCCAAAUGUAAUUCACCUCUUUCACAUUAAAUGCACCCACACUUAUUAUAUAUCAUUUUAUUCAGGGGAAACAGGGCUUUCAUUUAACAUCAACUAUUUAGGUAUGGAACAUAAUUUAAUAUGAAAAAAAUGGGAGAAUAUACGAAUUUUUUUAAAGAUUUUUUUAGUUCUACAUGACAUUUUAACGGUCAGUGUCAUAAUACUGUUUGCUUUUACUGCAGUAACAUACACAUAUUUGUAUUCAGCGAAGUCUCACAUGUAAAACAGUACCCCCUAUGUACAGGUUUUAUGGUGUUUUGGGAAGUUACAGGGUCAAGUAUCACGUGUUACAUUUUUCAGUUUUUUCACAUUGAAAUUCGUCAGAUUGGUUACGUUAUCUUUGAGACCAUAUGGUAGCCCAGGAAUGAGAAUUACCCCCAUGAUGGCAUACCAUUUGCAAACGUAGACAACCAAAGGUACUGCAAAUGGAGUAUGUCCAGUCUUUUUUAGUAGCCUCUUGGUCACAAACACUGGCCAAAAUUAGUGUUAAUAUUUGAAAAUGCAAAAAACUAAUUUGAACGCCAAUUUUGGCCAGUGUUUGUGACUAAGUGGCUACUAAAAAAGACUGAACAUCUGCAAUACCCUGGGUUGUCUACUAUUGCAAAUGGUAUGCCAUCAUGGGGGUAAUUUUCAUUCCUGGGCUACCGUACGGUCUCAAAGGCAACCUGGCGAAUUUUAAUGUGAAAAAACUGAAACGCAAGCCUUAUAUUUGACUCUGUAACUUUUGAAAACACCAUAAAACCUGUACAUGAGGGGUACUGUUAUACUUGGGAGACUUUGCUGAACACAAAUAUUAGUGUUUCAAAACAGUAAAACGUAUCACAACAAUUAUAUCGUCAGUGUAAGUGCCAUUUGUGUGUGAAAAAUGCAAAAAAUUUCACUGUCACUGAUAUCGUCGUAAUACAUUUUACUUUUGAACACUAAUAUUUGUGUUCAGCGAAAUCUUCAGAGUAAAACAGUACUCUCCAUGUACAUGAGAUAUAGAUAUAGAUAUAUAUAGUGUGUGUGUGUGUGUGUGUGUGUGUGUGUGUGUGUGUGUGUGUAUAUAUAUAGAUAUAUAUUAUUUCGUUCUACAUGUAUUUUGAUAUCAAUAUAUUUUGUAUUUUAUAUAUAUAUAUAUAUUCAAUAUCAUUGUACAUGUAUUUUGAUAUAUAUAUUAAAAUACACGUAGACAGUAUGUGUGUAUAUAAAAUAUACUUAGAUCAUAUAUAUAUAAAAUAAAUAAAUGAUCUAAGUAUAUCUUUAAUUUUACACUGUUUUAACAUGUUUUAUUUUAUUUUCAGGCAGCAGGGGGAGUACCUGUCAUUACAGGCGCUCCCCCUGCUGGCAAUGCCUUGGACGGCUAUGCCGUCCAUGUGAUCGUGAGGUCUUCACAAGGACCUCGCGAUCACAUGGCUCAGGGGGGCCUAAGAGGAUAGAGGGGGACUCCCUGGGCUCCCAGGUAAGUCCUCAUACCACGAUUGCCGGCGACCGGGUAAGUACAAAAGAUCGCAGGGCGUUCUAUGCCGCCCUGUGGCAAUUAGAGCCAUCUAAAUAAGGACGGCAUAGAACGCCCUGCGGUCUUAAGGGGUUCAAUUAAAAUGUUUGCAAGGCUAUAGACACCAGAACCACUACAUUAAGCUGUAGUGACUCUGGUGACUAUAGUGUCCCUUUAAGAAUUGUAUUUUUGUCAUUGAAAAUGAAGCUUUGUUAGUUAAAAAUACCUGGCUUUAACUGGCUCCUAGAUUCCAAGCAAAUUUUGUCAAGCCCUGUACUAAAGAAUCUGUUUACAGUAAUUUAAAGGGACACUGUAGUCACUAUAAGCAUUUCAUCUCUUUGAAUUGUUUAUAGUGCCUGGAGUACCCUGGCACUGUCCCUCCAUUCAGUGUUGCACUAUGUUCGUGCAGUAUGCCACAAAAUAAGAGUCCCUGGCCACCCACAGUCCGGCCCCUUCAGUAUGUGUAGCUAAGGCAGAGAUUACACACUUCCUUGUUGUCAUACCCACUCAUACCGUCAGUUGGAACUCUGACAGGCUAGAAGCAGUCAGCUGACACUCUCAGUCAAUCACAGUUGCCCAUUUCUGCUCAGGCUAAUACUUCCUUAUUAGCCAAAGCAGCACAGAGGGGAUGGAUUGCUGGGGACUCUUGUUUAGCAUUAAAAUUUUAAAAACUGUUUAAUGCUGAUAGAAAUGAUGGGACCAGAAGACUCCAGACACUAUAACCAGUUUAAUGAGAUGAAGCAGAUACAGUGCCUAUGGUGUCCCUUUAAACUAAGCUCAAAGACUAACUGUAUGAAUGUGGAAUUGCAACAAACAAGUGGCAUGGCCGCUAACUAGGACAUAGAAGAUGAAGUGUGUGGACAGGGAACAUGUGGUAGACCACAGUAAUCUCUCUUACGGGCUGGUGUUCAGAGUCAGAGAGCAGUUCUUAGGAUUCCCAGCCUACAUUCUAACUCAUUGAGUGCCGGGUCCUGAUUGAGCGAUUACUGUUGAUUGCUCCCUCCAGGUACUUCAACCACAGAUAUACCUCCUCCCUAGCAGAACACUGUGCAGGGGAGGGGCAAAGCAAGCACAUAACACCUUGCCAGAACAAAUCCUACACAACUAGCAAACAUCAGACACUUAAUCACUAAAAUCCAGAUUUUCAUAAAUCUGAAUGAAGGCAAAAGAUUGUGAGUAACUACGUUGGAAAGGUUUGGUAGAGUUUGCCCAGUUUUCUAUUUGGAUUUAAUUCCAGGUGUAGUGAACACAAAAUUUCUUUGUGUCAGGACAAGUAGAGCUGGCCACCCCUUCGAUCCCUUGGACAAGUAGAUUUUGUUAAAAAAAUGUCAAAUAAAUAAAUAAAUACAUUACCCUACACCUCUGUAACUGUCAUCUCUAGUAUAUUUCAGUUGCACAACUUAAUCACUAAUAGUUAAAAGAUUACAGUCCUGAGAGGCAGGGCCAGAUUAAGAGCCCAGUGGUCCUGGUGCUGACAAUUAUGAUGGGGCCUAAUUACAGAAUCUUAUGGAUGGAGAUGGUGUUGGAGGGAAACUCAAAGGAUGCAGCUAUAAGAAAACACAUACUCUAUGCUAAUCUCUCUAAUUUAUGCUUUAAUCUUUCAAGUAAAUCCAUACCCCAUAACAGCAGUGUCCAGUGAAGUUAAAGGGUGGGCCACUGAUGCGAAUCCCGUGACCAGAACUGCCAAAAGGGGCGAACAUGCCCAAAAGGCAGGGGGCAUGUCUGUCCAAAGAAUUGGAAAACCAGCCUGGCAUCAGUGUCCCUAUGUAUCACAGUGUCCGUGUCCCCAUGUCGCUCAGUCCCCUAGUCUGUGUCCUCAUUUCUCCCCGUGUCACUAGGAUACUAGGGGACACUGGGAGACAUGGGGGCACUAAGAUACUGGGAGACGGACACUGGGAGACCGACCUGGGGACACAGACAUUUGGGGACACUAAGACAUGGAAACACAGACACUGGGAGACUAGGGGGCACUUGUGGACAUAGAAAUGAGGACACUGGGAGACUAGGGGGCACUUGUGGACAUAGAAAUGGGGACCCUGGGAGACUAGGGGCCACUUGUGGACAUAGACAUGGGGGACCCUGGGAGACUAGGGGGCAAUUGUGGACAUAGACAUGGGGGACCCUGGGAGACUAGUGGGAACUUGUGGACAUAGACAUGGGGGACCCUGGGAGACUAGGGGGCACUUGUGGACAGAGACAUAAGGGACCCUGGGAGAUACUAGGGACACUGGCUGGGAGACAUGGGGGCACUGUGUCCCUAGUGUCUCCGUGUCCCAUGUGUCGCCAUGUUUCCCUGUUGCCUUUCCCCCCCCCCAUCCUUCACUUCCCUGAGCUGUAGUCUGUCUCUGCAGGCUGGGAGCUGCUGUCUGGACACACUGUGCUGUGUAUCUGCUCCCCCGCGGAUCAGUGAGUAGAGAGAGGGAGGCAGGGAGAGGGAUAUGCUCUAACUUCCUAUCCCUGCCUCUCUCCACACACAGUAACCCCUACUGGCUGUUGCUGGUAAGCUGGCAAACCCAAGAGUAGUAUGUAAAAAAAACAUAUUUUUUUUUUUUUUUUUAUGAGCCUAUUCCAUGGGCCUGGAGCUGCAGCUCCAUCAGCCCCUCUGUUAAUCCGGCCCUGAUGAGAGGCUUAAAAUCAUUGUGACCCUCAUAAUGCAUGAAGGACUUGCGUUAGCAUGUGCACACAUGACCUAAUGGGAUGGAUACCGGAGUGUGGGGUUUAACAACUGGACAUCCCUGAGCAUCACGGGAGGUAAAUCAUCUGUACUUUUUAUUUUUUUUAUAUACCUUUUACUGCUCAGAUAGCAUUGUAGGUGAGAAAUGGAGAAUCUUUUUUCAGACUGUGACUGUUCCUUGUUCAGUAACUUAAUUUAAAAAGACAGUGUUCCUUUAAUAUGAAUGAUUAGCCGUAAUUGUGUCUAUAUCGAUUGAUUUUUACUUUUCUGCAUACUCGUUUAAUGUUCAUAGGGUGCCACUCAACACACACCCUAAGCUAGUUUUUCUUGCUUAUUAAAAUACUUAUAUGCUGUUUAAAGGGCCACUCUUACCCAUGUGCCAAUGAGUCACACACUAGGCAUGCAAUCAGCUGUUGGUAAGUUACGUUUCCCUUAAACAUUUGCUUGCCACAUACAUGGCAAGUGUCUGGUAAAAGUUCAAUAAUGUGUAGCUUUCUCAGAGCUGGAGGUCCAGUGAGUGUGUGUGGCAUUUUUUUUUUUUUCUUUUCUUAUCCCAGCUGAAAACAAGUGGUUUAUGUCAACAAGCAUUCUUUUGUGUUUGAAGCAGCAUUUUCUGGAAAAGUAUGGUGCCACUUAUAUUUCAAUGUUUCUGCUUGGUUUUAAUUUGAAAUAUUUUAACUUUUACUGAAGCAGACGUUCAUAUUUCUUGGGUUAUAUUACAACUUCUCAUUUUUCUCCUUCUUUACCUUUUAUCUGUAAGGUAAACACAUGUACAGAUUAGCCAGUAUUCCCCUGUUACAUGCACUGCUCCUUGAAUCCAGAAGCUAGAUUUUACUGAGUGCUAUUGCUCAAUGUGUUGGGUUGGAUGUUAUAUGUUGUUAUAUUCCUGUAUUACGUCUAACAGUGUUAUUCACUGAAGUGAGUAUUUAAAGUGAAUUUCAAACUUCUGGUCAAAAUAAUCAAAUUGGAAAAAUUCUUUGAAUCAUCUAUGCUUUCAUUUCAUCUACUUUGGCCUUAAAUUUUAAAUUCACUUUGAAUUCCCACUUUAGUAAAUACCUCUGUAAAAGUUUUCAUGGUUUGAACUCUGUAACUAAGUAUCACUGGCAUAUAUUCUGCAGGUUCUCUGGCAACUGGACAUAUUCCGACGGAGUUUACGUGGAUUGACUGGACAUGUCUGUUUAGGGGAUGCCUGUAUAUUCUGUGCAUUAAAGGUAAGUUUUGUUUGUGUUUGUUUUGUUCAGGGUUUAGUGUAUGAGAGGGAAAUGGUACUUAGUAAAAGAAUGAUCUAAAAUACAGGAAAAAGGUUGACUAAUUAUGUCAGCCCUGUGACUGCCAGUGGAAAGUAGAAUGGUCAUCUAGGUAGCAUAUGACCUAAAUUGCUUAGAUGAAUAAUAGUUUCAGGUAUGUCCAAAUAUAUAUAUUAUUUUUUUUAUCAGAAAUUACACUUCAGAGAACACGGUGAGUAUCCUUCAUUGACUGCAACUUCUUAGUCUGACACCCACUCCGGAAAGGAAGGAACAUGAGUGCGCGUCUAGUUAACUGGAAAUUCGUAUUAUUUUUAAAGCACCAACAAGUUCCGUAGCACUGUACAAUGGGUGGACUGACAGACCCGUAUUUGUUACCAGACAAGUAGGAUGCAGAGGGAUUGAGGGCCCUGCCCAAUGAGCUAACAUUCUAGAGGAAGUAAGGGUAUAGUGACACAAAAUGUAAGGGUAGGGUAGAAAAUUAGGUUUCUAGGAUAAUGUUUAUUGAGGGCUUAGUGUUUUUGUUUUGAUGACCUUUUCAGGAGAGGAAUCCGGGUGCAGGGAGGGACUGAGCCGCAAUCAUUGGGGGACAAGCUAUGGUAUGACAAAACAAAUAUGCUGGAACAUCUACUUUAUUUAGAAAACAGAAAAAUCUAUCUGUCACUACAUACCUGCUGUAUGGUCUCAUGAACAGUCUCAGACUGUAAUAUGUAAUUAGUUGCCAAACAUUCUAUACAUCUCCAACUUGUUGGCUCAGCCAAUGGCACAAUUUGAGAGCUAAUAAUAAUAACAAGGUAUUUUACCAGGAAAGGUAUAUUAAGAUUACUCUGGUUUUCAAGUACGUCCAGGGGAUGUUACUAUUAACCAAUUUAAUUGUACUCAUUUUAUCUACCUCAGAAAGAUGAAGGACUGGGCUUAAUCAUCAGUAGAAUCUGUUCAACCCUUCCCUGUGACCCCUAAGGGUUGAACAGAUCCUAUCUCACUGGCCUAUAGGAAGUGGGCACUUUUUAGGAAAAGGGUUGCUGCUUUCCUGUGAUAAAACAACUGUGAACAUCGUCAGAAGUCGAGUUGAGCCAGCUCCCAUUUUCUUUAGAAAUUAUGUAUUGGAACUCUUUCUUAAUCAACCACGCACUGUAGUGGUUUUGAUGCUUGGAGUGUUACGUUAAUGUACUGUUUUGCAUGUGAACAUUUGAUUAUUUACUGUUAAGUGGUAUGCUACAUAAAUCCUAAUUGGUAUACCUUAUUGGUAGUUUCCCAGGUGUGUAUGUAUUAUCAGUCAGAAACGGUCCAUCCAAUAUUGACUGUAUGAUAAAUUAUAGUCCAUUCAUUCCUCUUGUUCUGCUUGACUUUAUUUAUUAUUGCUGAUUUGAUUAAAGGAGCACUCCCACUAUAACCAAAACCUCAGUUUGACCUUUUACUUUGAGUUCAGCAAGGCCAGAAGCUCCUACCUGAGCCAAUCCCUGCAGCGCAGGGUCAGUUGAGCCACUUAGCUAAUGAAGUACUGCACCACAACCGGCUUACUUCAGAGCUCAGUGCUUCUGGCUGCAGUGGAGGAAGGGAGCAAUAUCCUGGCCAGGUAAGAGAUCGAACCUUUUUAAAACAGUUUGACCACAGCACUCCUGGAACUGUAACCACUACAGUGUUUUGUUGAGGUUAUGGUGCUUGCAGUGUUCCGUUAAAACAGAUAAAGAAUUUUGUUUUUGUACUCUAUAAAUUAUGUGAUGACUUAAAUGUUGGAAAAAGAGUUCAACUAAAAUAUAUAUUAAUGCUUGAUUUAAUCCGUAAAAAUAUCAAAUCGAGAAAUGUACUAUAUGGUGAAACACUAACAUAUUGACACGUUAAUUUGAUUGUUAUAUGAAGGAUGAUGUUGAACUCCUAUUUUUUUUUUUUUUUCUCAACACUUCUUUGACACUACUAAACUUGUAAAAGUAGAAUAAAAACAGAUAAAGUCUUCCAGAUUAAAUGCAGCGAUACCAUUUUUAAAUGCAAGCGAAAGAGAAGUGGGUUAUGGAAUAUUCUUUCAGAAAGCUAAUAUAAUAAGAUGUAUUUCUAGAUUAAUCCUAAAUAAAUGAUGGAUGUGCAUUUGUUUCUGAGGUUAUAUAUUGUUUAUCAUACACAUGUACAAAGCCCUGUUAUUUAUAUAUAAUUUAUUAAAAAAAUAAGUUAUCGAGCGCUGAAGACUUCCAAAGUUGAUCCUAAUGUAGCUGAAUCUAAAAUAACCUCAUUGUGGGUGAUGAAACAAGCAGAUGUCGGUUUUGGCUUGCUUAAAACGUCUAAUUACUUUUUUUUUUCUCUUUUUAGUCAUUAUUUACUCAGUUUCAGACAAGUCGGGAGAAGGUUCUUCCAUCAGAUGCAAUGAGACAUGCUCUUGCUGAGAGCUUUAAAGAUGAGCACAGAUUCCAGCUUGGUCUUAUGGAUGAUGCUGCCGAAUGUUUUGUGAGUAAUGAAUAUAAGCAGAUACUGUAUGUUCUUCAGAAAAUGUUCAGAAACGUUGCUUGGCGAAAGCUAGAUUGUAAAUAGGCGGAGCUUGUGGUAGGAGUGAGUAUACAAAGUUUACAAUGCUUGCCAUCUGCCUCUUUGACAUUGAAUCUAUUGAUGUGAACUUGUCUCUUAUUUUAAUUGGGAUCUUUUCUCAGUUCCUACCCCAUUGUGUAAUUUGCUGUAAAUUGAAUACAAUGUUUAUAUACCCAAUAGUCAAAAUGGGCCAGACACAGACAUAAUAGAGGGGAAAUUCCUGCUAGCAACGUGUAAACCUCUAGCUUCAGAUAGGAGUAAAAACAUGUUUGUUUUAAAAGUGUAGCUGUCGUGGGUUUUAUUCAUAAUCUAGUUAACUAAAGAUUAGCAAUGGAUGAUUCUAUAUACUUAGAAGGAAUGGAAAAGGGGGUGGGGGGUGAAUUAUUUUAUUCAAUUCAUAUGACUGUCAAGUACAACUGGCAGUUCAAAACUAUUAAUAUAAAAAUCCUUUUAAUCAAGCUUUUGAAAAAUAGUGUAAAAUUGAAUAUAUAUAUAUAUAUAUAUAUAUAUAUAUAUAUAUAUAUAUAUAUAUAUAUUGUUUUUAUUAAAAUGAUGUAAAUGUGUAAGAAAAAAAAAGAAAAAACAUUCUUGCCUGUGGUAUAGAACAGGAUUGUUCAGUCAUAUACAUCCGCCUUGGUUUAGACAGUGUUAGAAAACCAGUAAUUAGUCUCUACAAUCUUCCCUGUUUCUGUGCGGCGAGUGAAAUCGGGAAGACCAGAGAGACUGUGUGUUUUCAAACACUGUCUGACCCAGUGUGCAUGCAGGGCUGGUCUUGGCUGCCCUAUGCAAAAAAAAAUCUUAAGGUUUUUUUUUUUAUUGCAUAUACAUCAUUAAAAAAUUUUUAAGAAAUGGUGCCCAUGCAUGUACUGUACUUAUGCUUAAGUGUGUUGCCAGUAUGUGUUCAUAUUCCUUUGAUCCAAGGUUAAAAAUAAAAUAAGCCUCAGUAGAUAUUGUUAUAUAACAUGCAUUUUAAAGUUGUCUUAAGCAAAUUGUUUUCCAAGAAGUAGCUACAAGAAAAUGUUAAGAACAAGCUCUUACAUGCUUAUAUAUAGCUCUAAAUUGCAUUUUGUUCUUGUCACUUUGUUCUUGGUGGUGACAUGAAUUUAUUUAUAUUUUUCCCAUACGAAAUAAUGCUCUGCAUAUACAUUUAUUUUUUAUUUUUUAUAAUUCAGGAGAACAUACUGCAGCGAAUCCAUUUCCAUAUUGUACCGAACAGUGAGGGUGAUAUGUGUACUUCAAAAUCCUGCAUCACUCAUCAAAAAUUUGCAAUGACUCUCUAUGAGCAGGUAGGCAUAAAAGAGUACAUGCGUUUUAUUCAAUGUUUGUUUAUUAGGUUUGGUUAUGUGUUUAGUCUCUUUAUAAGAGAGUGUAAGUUAUUUAGAAAUUGCUUUAUCAAAUGUUUAAGUGAUUUGUAGUGAAAGAAUAAUUGUAGAAAACUGAAACUUCCUAACUGGGCAAAAAUUCUGACUUUUUUAUUAUAGCAAUUCUAUGAGAAAAAGACAUUUCUAAUUGUAGUGCCCAACACAAUUUUUAGCUCUUUCAACUGAUCAUUAAAUUCCAUUUAUAUAUUGUGCUAGCAAAUGUAUAGAUUGGGAGGAAAAACCUUUUUAAAAAAUUUUUUUCUCUUACAUCAAUCAAUUCUUCGGCAUAGACCAAUGCACUGUGAUUGCUAUGGAAACUCCGAAACCCGUACUGCUAGCACUGGCUAGGAAGUAUAAAAACAAAGUGCCAUGACAUCUCGGUUCAGAAAAUGGCAUGCUUGCAAUGAAGUCUGCGUCAAUUUAGAGGUUUGACCUGCUUGGGAAAGUGUCCCCAAGGAGGGCAAAUUGGAGAGGAGCAGCACGUAUGUGGUGUUACAGAAUUAAUGUGAUCACUGCGGUUAAGUAGUUACAGGUUCCCUUUAAUACACCUACCUCUGUAACACACCAGUGUAGUGCAAAAGAUAUCAGUAAAUGAGUGAAGGACCGUGGCCUAAUGGACACAAAGAUCACUAUAUGUUUUACUUUUUGUUCUUUGUAUAUAUUUAUAUUAAAUAUGGGGUGCUAUAUUUGUACAUGUAUGCUACUCUAUUUAUAUAUAUUGAUAUUUUCUUUUCACAGUGUGUUUGUCGCAGCUGUGGUGCCUCAUCAGACCCUUUGCCUUUUACUGAAUUUGUGCGCUAUAUUUCUACCACCGCUCUUUGGUAAGUUCUAAGUAUAUUUGUACAACUUUUUUAUGUCAAUUGACCUUGUUAACCAGGGCUUAUAGUGCUCUCAUUUCUAUAAGGCCGCAGGUAAAAAUCUAUUGUUUUAAACAAAUCAAAUAAAGGUCUGUUUUAAACUUUAGUGGAACUAACUAUUGUCCCUGUCAGAAUGUGUAAUAGAUUCUAAUUGUUAAAUCCCCCCUUUAUAUUUUUAGCACAAGUUGAUGCUAUAUAAAUGCCAAUAAUAUUUUAUGACAUGAAAAGCACAUUUUCAAAUAGAAGUCAGACUUUUUUAAAAAUUUUAAAUAAAAUCAAAAUUAUAGCAUUGAUUGCAUUUUGUUUUUGUUUUUUUUAUAUUUUAUUUACUUUACCAAUCAGUUGUUUUUUAUUUUUUUUCUAUUUAUUCCAUGAAAGGAAAUACUUCUGUCUGUUCAUGAUUGUGGCUUCUAUAUCAGCUUUAUUUUAUAAAAGGCAAUGGUCGAGCAUGACAUUUAGGAUUUGCAUGACUUGCAUGUGCCACACUAAAUAUUUAUUUAUUGACUAAAUAUUGUAGGAGUCAGAGGAGCCUAUUCUUCCGCUGUGAUGUCUCACAGUGGAGAUGUAGCUAGAAUGAAUGAGGAAAAUCAAGAAUAAAAAGGGGGGGGAAGGACCCUCUUCCAUUAUAACUUAGUCAAAGACAAUUAACUGUUAUACUGUUUCAAAUUUCCUUGUUAACCAAGACCUGCUGAUUGUUUUACUGAAGUAGGCAUGUUUUAUUCCAGCCCAAUUACCUGAUAAACAUGUGUGAUUAAAAGUGGCAUACUCUCAUGUGCCCUACAAGGGUUGUACAUUUUAUGGUUAAUUUAUGUUUUCAGAAAUAAUCUUCCCAUACCAGAAACUGAUUUGCAAUCAGGGGUAUCUCAUUCUGGUCUUUGAUUUAAUACAUACAGAUAGUUUUGUAUAAAACAAAUUAACAUCAGCUCUGAUAGCAUGUGGUUAUCACCUACAUAGGGAGUGGAGGAGGUGACUAUGGGGUCUGACCUGCAGAGAUUUAUGGAAUACGUAUUGCAUCCCCCAGUAGCAGUUCCACUAUUUAAUCGUAUCAAUUAUCUCCUGUUUAAACUGAUAGUAGCUAUAUUGCAGCUGCCAUCACUGUCACUAGUCGUGUGUGCGUGUUUGUAUGCAGAUACACGCAAAGUAAGAAAGAAUUUAUAUCAUGCCCAUACAAGAGAGCAAUUCUGGACACUUGAUUGACAACUCCGAGGAGACUCUCCUGGAACUGGAAUAAAGGGGAGUUUUAUAUAUUUAUAUACUUGUCUCUCUACCGAGUCCAGUUGCCUGCUCACAACUACAUAUUAGUUAGUUUUGAUGACAGUGCAGUACAGGGUUAGAUGGGAUAGAUGGAGGUAUACAAAAUUUUACUCUGACUGUGAGAUGGCUUCUGAUUUGAUUUAACAAUUGUAAGUCAUUUGAAGAAAUUAGCAAAUCAGUAUUUACAUUUUUGAAAACUGUGUGAAUGUAAAGCCAAAAUCUAAACAAAUAUUUUCAUCAGGCAAUAUUUUUACAUAAUUCCAGUGAAACGUUCAUUGGGCUUUGUGUUGUUUGAGACGUGAUUAGCAGGAAAUUACUUCACUUUACAUUCUUACUUGCAGUGAGUCAGAAGCAUUAGAAGUCUUUGUUAGGAAGUUUAUUCCAAUCUUGAGAUAAAUAAUGUGCAGUUGCAGUGGCGUGGGAGGUUUUCAACAUGUUAAUGGAUAAUUCAAAUUGCCAUUUUUUUGAAUUGUGACUCAAGCUGAAACGGCACCAUAUUAUUUGGACCCAGGGAUGCAGACCCAUCAGAUGUUCUUUCUUCAGGCUGCUGUGUAGCCUCAUUCUGUUCCUCUUUUUUUCUAAUGUACAGUAAAGGGCUGCUGUAUGUAGUUUAAUUUUAAAUCCAGAACUGGGAAUUAGAUAUGGCAGCUAAUAUAUUCCAAAAUGAAUAGUAAGGCUGGUACCAUUUUAACUACCACAUAUUUUUUUAAUAAGUGUAACCGUCACAGAUUAGCAUUUUUCAUAUUGUUCUCAUCCUCACCACUGUUUACAGGGAUAUGAAGGGCAGUGGAUUAAAGUAUACGACACACUUACCCAAGUAUUAUGGCAACAACUGUCCCAUGAUGGUCUGAGGUUGAUGUACCCUGUGCCACUUGCUGAAAAAUGUUGUAGGAGUACAUACCCACUUGGACUUUCUUCCAUAGUGCUAGACAUGUGCAUGGCACAGAGUGAAAGGGACAUAGAUUACUUUGAGACAACUGUCUCAUUUAAAAGCUUUGUUUUGAUUGAGACGGUUUCCUCACUCUAGACUAGAGGCUGGAAAAAUGCAGCUAAAUAUGAUUUCUCCCCCUAUAUUUUACCAGCUUCUUUCUUAUGCUUUCAAAACCCUCUCUAGUGAGUUCACUGAUCGAACUAUCCAGUAUCCUAUCUUUAUGAAUGCUGGAAAAUUGCAUUGGGCAUGCUGAUCGAUUUACACAUGAAUGGAGAGAAAAGUCUGAGUAGCGUGAUUCACGCAGAGUAGGAUCCAGCAUCUGGUUUCUCUCUCCCUGCUGUGUUAGUGCAGACAGAAUUAAAACUGGUUGCUCCUAUACAACAAUGUCCUGUUUCUGUCAUUACUGGACUGGUCUGGAUUAGUCGGUGGAUAAGAGUUUGGCUGUUCCUUACCCAGUUUUAUUCCUUCUACACAUCUGUUUCUACUUUACUUUAUGAUGCUACAUAUUAAAUUGAUCAGUAGCACCUGAUUAUAUGCAUAUUACAUCCCUAACUCUUUGUAAGUGUAUUUGUAGUAUAUGUAUAUAGUUUGUGUAUAUGUAUGUAAUAUCCACUUGGAGGCAGUCUGGGUUUGAAAAGCACUGUAGUCGCUUACACUCUGUCUAAAAUGUGAGCAGAGUACAGUAAGUAUGUCAUGUUUUGGUGUUUUAGGACCACUCCACACCCAGAAAGCUGGCUGAAGUGCUUUAGGGGUGGGGAGUAUCCUGUUUUAAUCCCAGUUUAUAAAAGUGUCAAUUUUCUAUGAGAAAACAGUACUUUUAGAAUUUAAAUUAGGAAACACUCCGCUGAUAGUCAGACAGCCAGGGAGAUUUGCUUCUACCUUCCUAUAGCUCCACUGAGGAGCCUGUUAGUGCUUGUCAAUGAGAAAUAUCUGACCAUUCCCCUAGCUUGAUGAAAAUGGGAGGGUUUGCAAAGUCUGCAGGCAUACAAACUUUUUCAGUAUACCAACAUGCAUAACUAAAUGCAUUCAUGUUUUCAUAUGGGGUUAAUCUACUAAAUAGCAUUUUUCCCCUUUCAUUACAAUUUUCCUAUGGAGUGUUCCUUUUAGUCACAUAAAAAAUCGAAGAGAUAACUGUUCUGUGUGCAUUCAUAGUUGUAUCCUAUAUUUGGUAGGGACAGACCGAUUAUUAGAGCAAAUAUGUCAUUUUUGAUGAUUGAAUGUGUAAAUAUGUGUACAGUAAAUAAGUGGAUGCUGAAAAUACAGGCUUUCAAUAAUAUCCACCUAGGUUAUUUUCAGUGAAACCACAGGGAGCAGAAAGUGUUCUAAAUCAGGUGACAACAGGCAGUGGCUUAAAUGUGUCUUUCUUUACAUACAGUGUCUUACAGUAUUCAGCUUUGUUCAGAUAGUAAGCUCAGUGACUUCAUAUAGGCAUCAGAUAUUUGAUAUGCAUAAUAAAUACACAGUAGCCAGACGGGAACUGUUAUAGAACAUAUCAAAACUAAACAAUGUUAAUUAUUAAUCUGAUAAUAUUGGUAUUUAAUAUAAUUUGCAUCUUUAAUUUCCUAUAGUUAAACGUAUUAAAUUGUUAUACAGAUUAAUGCAUCACUCUUGUACAAUCUGUUUACUUUUGCAAUUUACAAGGGAGUUGCAAAUUGUAGACUGAAGUAGCAGAUUUGAAAUUACAUUUUUGUUUCUCCAAUCUUUGACUUUGGCCUAGAAUUUGCAGUUACCUUUAUCAAUUCUCUGUUUAGAUCACAUAUUGCUAGUGACACUUUUUGCUAGAGCACUCUGAUUAUGAAAAAUAUUUUUACCUGUCAAAAUGUAUAUAAGAAUGCAUUCUACCUUCAGUAACAUACUUUAGCAAUAUAGCAAGCCAUACCAUGAGCAUUCAUUUUAGUGCUAGAGUUUUUCUCACAAUCCCCUCCAUCAUUCUAGUAAUGAAGUUGACCGAAUGUUGGAGAGACAUGAGCGCCUCAAGCCAGAGAUGUUCGCCGAGCUACUUCAAACUGCUAAUACUGCUGAUGACUUCAGAAAGUGUCCGGUAAGUAGAUCAAAGAAAUGGUCAUUUAUUGGUAUGGAUCCACCAGAUAUUAUUUUAAAACCUUAAAACCUAGAGGGAGAUAAUGUCAUUGGUAGAACUACAUCUUUGGUUACUGCACUUAAGUGUUAAAAACUAUAUUAUAGUAAAGUACAAUAUUUAUCUAUCAACAAUAAUACACAGUAAGUGGUUACACUAGUUAUGUUGCUUUGUUUUGUGAGCUUUAAGUGUGUGUCUAUGUGCUCCUACAUCACGUAAAAGACAAGUCACGUCAAAAUUAUUAUUUUUUUCAUAUAUAAUCCUUUUAUCAAGUUUUGAGAAGAAAUGGUUUUAUGCACCUAUGGAUUAGACGAUAUUUGAAAACCGUUUUUAUUGUCCACAGAGACUAUCUGACCCAAGGGGCAUGUAUAGGGUUAAAUAAUCCUGUCAUGCUAAAUUUAAGGAUUACAUUUAAUUUAUUUUUUAAAUCUUUUUCCUUUUAAUUCUUAGUCAAAGGAUUGGUAUAUUAAAUAUCUUUUAUUUGUGACAGUUGUCCUUCAAAUGAAGAAACAAAGGGUGUUCAGUGAAACACAUUUUGAUUAGGUCUCUUUCCCCCAAGUGGGUAAUGAGUCUUACUGUAUUUUCAUGCAUGUUUAUUAAUUUUUUUUAAAUUUUAUUUUAGAGCAAUUGUGGCCAAAAGAUCAAAAUCCGCAGAGUAUUAAUGAACUGCCCAGAGAUUGUAACAAUCGGUUUAGUUUGGGAUUCUGAGAACUCUGACCUGACUGAAGAUGUUGUGCGUAACCUGGCUACACAACUCUAUUUGCCUGGGGUAUGAAAAUACUUUAUUUUUUUCCCAUGGAGUUUUUGUGCGUGCUUGCUAGCUAAAAACCUUCAGGCUGAUUCUUAAAAUGCUCAGUUUCACCCACUUUGUAUAUAGUAACACUGAAGAAUCAUGGGUACAUAUGCUCCUUGCAUACAUUAUGAUACAAGGAGCUUCCUGUUACUGUCUUCCUUUAUCCUUUCAAUUGUAGCUGUACACCAACACCCUAUUUUGUAGGUUCAAGUGUACAGAAAAAAUAAAUAAAUCUUGCACGGCAUGCAAAAGAUAUGCUACCUGGCCAGGUAAUUGGAGCUUUAUAGGUAUUUAUGGGAUGUGCACAGUGCUGCCAUUGGAAACCAUUUGUAAUGAAAUUGCUCAUCUAAUAAACCUUCAAAACGAGAUUACUUGGGUAACGCUUAGUAGCUAUCCAGAUCAAAAAACUAGGACUCCCAUUAUCCUUUAGUAAAAACCUAGGACUCCAUGAUAAUACACAUCAGAAUAUGCGGAGCAACACAAAUCAAUCACAAACAAUAAUUUAUUAAACAUUACAUAUAAUAUAAGUAAUCUCAUACAUGUAUAUUCAUUUACUGGAUAUGCUAAGUUAAAUGAAGUACUUCAAAGCAUUUGUCCAAUUUCUUAGCUCAUAUAAACCACAUAUGGCCAAAUCAAUAAAAUCAGACAUUUAUUGAAAAAUGGGGGAGGGGGAGGGGAGGGAAUAAAGAAACCCAUCAAUUGGGAUAGGGACAAUGAAUAAAUGCCUGUGUGUUUCUAUGAAUUUAGAUCUUGAACUUUUUUUAUACUAUCUAUAAAUCAAGAGUUGGUAAGAUACCUGUGGCAAUAUAUAUUUGGUACUAAACAUUUAGAGUAUGAAUUUAUUCUAAGUAAAGUUUUGUGAUGUUGUUGUUUCAUAUUUACUUGACCCUAAUGUGUACCUAAUUCAGCCUGGGUAGCUAUCUGUUUAAUGAAUUCACUAACACUCUGUUCUUCCAUAGUUAUUUUUUAGGGUAACCGAUGAGCAAGCAAAAGAGAGUAGACUUUACCUUGUGGGUAUGAUCUGCUACACAAGCAAACACUACUGUGCCUUUGCCUAUCACACAAAAAGUGCCAGAUGGGUUCUUUUUGAUGAUGCGUCCGUGAAAGAGGUAAAUAUUCUAGAUUCUGAUCUGGUCUCCUUAUGAACAUGAAAUGUUUCCAAUAUGUAGAUAUGUAGUCUGUGAUCGGAUUGUUGUACUAGAUAUUUUAAUGAUCUCUGCAUGCCUUAAAAAGUUAUUAUGCCUGACAUACAGUGUAUAUGAAGGGUUAAACGCUUUAUUCACUUUUUUUUUCCUGCUAGGGCUACAAUAUACUUUUCAAUAAAUUAAUUCUGUCCUUAAAGAAAACUGAAUUAUCCAAUAUAACACAUCAGUGGUUUUUAAACUUUAAAUGUUUCUGUACUUAAAGAUUAUCUAAAAUGUAAUGGCUUGAUGCAUUGUGUUUUUUCUGAAGGAUUAUACAUUUCUAGGUUGCUUUAGGAUUGUUUUCAUAUAAUCUGUUUGUUAUUGGCUUACGACUGUCUUUGGGUAUGGAUAUUUAAUAAUGAAGUGAAUAAAUAGUGUCAACCACAGAGUUUUACGAAUGUUUGUUUUAUUUGUAUAAAACAACAAAGCACUUAUUCUGGAUCAGUGCUGUAAAUGCAGAGACAUUUAACAUAGAAUGUAAAGGAUAAUGUGAUCUAAUUGGAGAUGACCGAAAAAACGCACAUGACUGUUUUGCAUUUUAGGUGGUUGGUUAGUUCUAUUUUUGGAGGUUUUAAAAUAAGCAUUUCAGGUCCAUUUCUUUCUCUUAGUAUUAAAGUUUUGUAUUUAAGAGAUGAAUUUUGGCUUUGGCAUUGCCUUAACAUGAGACAUCUAAUCUGUCUUUUAGGUUGGAAACAAAUGGAAAGAUGUGGUCACAAAGUGCAUUCGCUGUCACUACCAGCCUCUGCUUCUGUUUUAUGCUAACCCAGAUGGCACAGCAGUUACUACAGAAGAUGCACUAAGACAUGUUCUGCAAUGGUCUCACUAUAAAAGAGUGUUUAACAAUGAGGAUACAGGUAAGUUUGUUACUGUGUAGGGUUUUAACUGCCGAAUCAGUGAGCCGAAUUCCAUUUAUAAUUUGUAUUCUUUCUUUAAAGGAUCACUAUAGGGUCAGGAACACAAACCUGUAUUCCUGACGCUAUAAUGUUAAAACCACCAUCUAGCCCCCCUGAACCCUUCAUAAAUAUAGCAAAAUAUUACUGUAUUCAAGCCUGAAGCUGUAACUCUGCAUGCUGUUAGUCUCCGAAAAACAAGCUGUCUGUUGACAUCAUUUGAAGUGGUGGCCUGAUCCAAUCACAGUGCUUCCCCAUAGGAUUGGAUGAGACUGACAAGGAGGCACAUCAGGGGCAGAGCCAGCAUUAUUCGAACACAGCCCUGGCCAAUCAGCAUCUCCUCAUAGAGAUGAAUUGAAUCAAUUAAUCUCUAUGAAGAAAGUUCAGUGUCUGCAUGCAGAGGGAGGAGAUACUGAAUGUUUAGAUGCAUUUUAGGCAGCCAUGACCCAGGAAGGAUCUCUAACAGCUAUCUGAGGAGUGGCCAGUAAUGUAAACACUGCAUUUUCUCUGAAAAGAGUGUUUUACAGCAAAAAGCCUGAAAGUAAUGAUUCUACACACCAGAACAAAUUCAAUAAGCUGUAGUUGUUCUGAUGACUAUAGUGUCCCUUUAAAAUUCUGUAAAAUCCACCUGGUAUCUGAAGUACUCAGUAUCCCCGUUCUUUGCAAGACAGCAAGGGAAAGUAAUCUCUGCAGCUUGCAGUAAUUGGCAUGUAUAUUUAGACCUUUUAAAGUAUGUGUUUGGUUUAAAGAGGAAACUACACAUACCGUAUUUAUGUUUGUGAAAUAGAUAUAUACAUUCAUAUACAUGCACACACAUUAUUUGUGUGUGAUGGCAGAUCUAGUUUUUCCAGUUUUGCCUGAGAUAUGGUUUCCAGACUGCACGGAGGCGAUCUCUGCAAUAUUCUCUGCUCAUUACAGGAAAUAUUUGUACGGGUGAUGUCACCAUCUGUGCAGGAAGUUCAGCAGAUAUAUUUACUGUGCAUGUGAAAAUAAGAAGGGGAAUCUAAUGGAAAACUUUAUUUUGCUUGCAAAGGUAAUGAAAGAACAUCAAAGAAUCAAGAGUACAACAGAGAGGAGUUUGUAGAACAUGUCUAUCAGAACAGCGGGCCUGUUCUCCAGAUGGAAGAUCCUGGAUUUAACAGAGGUGCUGUACAAUCCAGCGCUGGUAGAGGACCUGGUAUGCUACCUAUCCUGUUUACACUUGUUAACAUGCAUGUUUUAAAUCGAGCAAUUGCACAAAAUUAGCAAAGCUUCAUACAACUAUAUUACUCCAUUGUGUUGCUGUUUAUUAAUACAAUUUUAAAGGGACAAUCUAGACCCCAUAAUCUCUACCUUUUUUGUUUGGGUACAGUCCAUAUGUGCAGCAUUUCAUUUUGAAACACUGCACAUACAUACCCCUGGCAGCAUGACCAUUUCAAAACACUGAUAUAGUCACAGUGUUUAGAGUAACGCUGUAAAGAAGAUAUUGUCGGUUUCUAAUAAUUCAAACUGUUUGGUUUCUUCAAGUAAGUGUGAUUUGUGGUAGAUCAACAAUCAAAAUAGCCCCCCACCCCUCAUUUCACAUUUGAUGAAAACAUAUGAGUGGAUAACUUGUCAAAGAGUAAUGAAGUAAUAAUUGCUUAGCAUCUUGUAUAUAUAAUAGCAAACGGAGGAAAAGGCUGUUGUGCUUAGUACUUGAGUAUAUAUGUGACAUAAGGAUAUUUUUUUUGGGGGUGGGGGGUGUAGUAGAGUUUCUGUCUUUGGGCCCUGAAAGUGGAGUUUCCAUCGGGUCCUGUGUCUAAUGUGUGAGCGAGAGUUAAUUACGCCCAUGGUGGAGAUUUCCCUCCCCGAAAGUAGUAGUAGGUGUAAAAUUCUCUCGCCAAGCAAAAGUAUGGGAAGGGAUUGGGGGGAUGUUUAACAAUUUUAUCUGUUUUAAACCCAUGUCAGUUGGGAACCUGUACUGAUAUUGCACAGGUGAUAUUCUGGAGUUGGGUUUGAACCUGCUUAGAAGCCCCUGUCCUGUAUAUGCUUAUAGUGUGGGUACUGUGUGGUGACACUGCCCUGUAUUCCCCUUUAUAGGGAGGUAGGGGUAGGAGUAAAAAGGUAGUAGCAAACAAAAGUAAAAGAGAAAACAACAAUAAGGUAAUAUCAACUUUUCAACGGUGUUACUGAAGAAGUCCCUGGUGUUAUAUGGGGUCUUGGUAGUGAAGACAUCAACCUCCAUGCCUCGACUGGCUCCCUGUCAGGUUGCAGCAUCGAUAGGCGAGGUUUGCCGUCCACGGCAUGAAUUCUCUGAUCCUUGCCAAGUCUAUAGUGGACAGGCUCCUUCUCUCAUCAGUAGAAGGCGAAUCAAUUUGCAGCUUCUUCAGAUGAUCUCCUAGCGCCUGAUAGGUUUCCGUAUGGUGAGUGGUGCCUUGACUGAUGAUCAGGACUGUGCGCGGUAGACGCCAUCGGUAUGGCACUUAGUUUGCACGCAGCAAUUGAAGCAAUGGUCGCAGGGAUCGGCGUGAGAUCUGGGAAGAGGAGAAUUGUGGCACAGUCAAAGGUAAGUGGGAAGGAGGGCUUUGUCCUGCAGGGACCUAAAGUGGAGGAUUAGGCCCGGAGCAGAGGAAGGUGGCGCCCCAGGCGGCUUGGGGAUACAGAACAUGCCAUCUAGUUUUAUGGCCUUUGCGUCCUUCGGUGAUAAGUAGGCUGCAAAGAGUCAUCUGACAAAGUGAGGGAGAUCGGACAGUCCCACCGAUUCCGGCAUCCCCCUAAGCUUCUGGUUGUACCUGCGUCACUGAUCCUCAAGGGUAUCGAUCUUGCCUUCAGCCCUCUGCUGGUGCAGGUCCGCCAGGCCCUUCUCCACCGCUACAAGCCGGGUAUCGUGAGCGCCCUGGGUGGUCUCAGGUUGGACCAGCUUAGCGGUCGUGCUUUCAACGGCUUUCUUAAAGGGGGUCAGUUGGCCCACUAUGUUCUCACGGAGCUCCGCCAGCAUCGCCUUAAGUUGGGCUGCAGUGACUGGAUCACAGUCUGCCUCUGCCGGAAGGUGAUUUCUCCUUGUCCGGUGUGCGGGGCACUUUCCAAUGGACCAUAGCUAUGUCUUACUAGGUGUAGCCCUCGUCCAUGCGCGCCAUAUUGUCCCAUGCGGCCUUCUGUGAAUUCCAGAAUAGGUCGCUGAUAUUUUGCCCCAGCAGGCUCCUGUCAGGCUUAUGUUUCUUAUUUUAAUGGCCCAUAGUGUAGCAUCCAGCCAGGGGAGUGUCUCCAGCAAGAUUAGGUGAGUGUUUUCUCUCCAAAUUCCAUCUUUUAGGGCAGCAUUACACGUUGCUCAUGGAACAUGCAGUCGUCCAGGUUCCCGGCUAGGCUCCGCCCCCCACCUCCCUUCAACUUUACACAACAUCAUGUUUACUUUAGUGCCCUGUUGAUUGAACUUUAAUCAAACGCUCAGGAGCCUACACUAGAAUACAAUUAAUACUGCAAUAGAUAAGAAAAUUAAAUAAAACACACUGUGCAGGAAGGGAUGGUAAAAGUUUAAGCCCAUUUUAUAAAGUGUAGGUCACAUCCAGGGGAGGUGUGGUAAGUCUGCAGAAAUUGUGAUUUACUGCUUAAAUGGCAAAGCAUGAAGCAGUUAGGUUGUAGGAGCAUGAUCUAUAGCACUGAUACCCAAAAGGUAGAUCCCCAGAUGUUGUAGAACUAAAUCUCCCAUGAUGUUGUGCAUGUCUUUAGAAUGCUUUAGAAUAGCAAACCAUCAUAGAAACUGUAUUAAAACAUUUAGAGAUCUACCUUUAGGGCACCCCUGAUCUAUGGACAAAAACCACUUAAUUAAGCUAACUUUGUUUAAUGCUUCGUAUCCUUUUAAUUGUAACUAUUAACCAAACAGUACAUAUCUGAAUAGUCUACCUCAUUUUUUUUCUGUAAAUACUGCGAAAAUCUUGCAUAUACCCAGUUUCAUUAUAACAUUGUGUUCUUUAAUAGUUAAGCUAACUCGCAAUGAUCAACAAGAAAAGUUUAAAGAUCUCUCCAGAGAGUGUGCUCAAAGAGCUGCUAACCUGAAAGGCAACUCAUCCUCGCAAAGAAAAACUGUGGACAAAGUGCAGAAGAAAGAAAUUUCCAGGCCAAAGGGUAAUCUUAAAAUUUUUUAUUUUAAUUCACUGUUAUAAUUAUUCACCAUACUUGGAAUUUGGAAGAUUUUUAUAUAGGAAUUAAACCUUUGAUGCCAAAAUUAACUGAACUUCAAUUUAUUUAUUUUUUGCGCAUACUUGCUUUAAAUGUGCAAUUCCCAUGGAAAUUCUCCACAGUAACGUUUAGUGAUAAGCCAGUUUGUGCCAUUGUAUUUUUAUUUAUUUUUUUACUUCAUUUUAAUAUUACAGUUUGAUGUUACACGCAAAAACAGUGUAAACAAAGCUUAAUAUUGAUAUUAUUUAUAUCUGUAUGUAAUUUAUUGAAUUUUAUGUCUUAGAAACCUCUGGAGGUGGAAUUUACCAGCCAAAGCCGUAUGCUGGAGUACAGACAAAGUCUGGUUCUUCUACUGCUGGUACUGGCUUUAGACAUUAUCCUGAGCCAAACGUUUACCACAGUCAAGGGAAAGGACCAUACAAACAUGAGAGACCUGUACAUCAAUCAAAGCAACCUCUGUCUAGUACAGUACAUGCUACAGCACCUGAACCAAAACCAGUCACUCGAGUCAAAAGUAGUAGUGCCAUCGGAUAUGACACAGACAGCGGCCAGGACUACAGAGAGAGGGGAAGUAAUCGAAACCGAAAACAGUGGCGGCCAAUGCGGGAGACACUCAAUGUCGAUAGCAUCUUCAGUGAAAAUCAAAAAAGCCCACAAAGCCCCAGACAUGUGAGUAACUCUAAUGGUAAAUACCAGCCUGUCAAAGAUCAGAGCUAUCCAUCCUCACUGAAGGAGAGUCCCAAGCGCAAGGUUCUAAUGACCAUUUAUGAGGAUGAAGUAAAGCAGGAAUCUGGCAGCAGGAGCUCUCUGGAAUCUGUUGGGAAAAAUCAGGUCGAAAGGAACAAACUUAACCCUGAUACCAAGGCAUACCACCUAGAAAGCUGGCAGAUGCAGAGAACGGAGUCUGGGUAUGAAAGCAGCGAUCACAUCAGUAGCGGAUCAAGCAAUCUGGAUUCUCCCAUUAUUGAAGGAACCAGUUUCGCUGAUUUAAAAAACAUUCAAGAAACAAGUAUUUGCGGGUAAGCUUUGACUUAACAAAAAUCUUGCAUAUAUAUUAUCUAUCUAUCACAAUUUGUUUUCAAGACCCCACUUGGUCUGUUCUUCAAAAAGAAUCAGUAUGUGCUAACAUAUCAAAUUAACAAAGCAAAUGAUCAAAAUAUGUUUUUAUCCCCCUUCUUACUUGGGUUUUGCUCCCCGCCUCCAUUUGCUUGGGUUUUGCUCCCCACCUCCAUUACCAAUGCUGGAAGCUCCUAAGCAGGGGCUUCCAUUAGCUUUCUCGAGCUUAGCCAUGUUGCAAUUAUUCAUUUAUAAUUGUUUUGAGAGGUGGAGGGGGGUAAAAACAUAAUUGAUAAUUUGUUUCAUCAAUCUGAUAUGUUGGCACAUACUGAUUCUCUCUGAAGAACAGACCAAGUUGGGUCUUGAAAACAAAUUGUGUUCUAUGAAUUGUGCAUUAAAAAGCAAAGCAAUAUCACAAAGUAGGACAUGGUCUUCUCUUGAAACAUUAUGGUAUUCUAUAUGUCCCUUCAAGCAGUAAUUACAUUUAUUUUAAAUGUACACUCCAAACAUCACAUCAGUUUAUGCUCAUUGCACAGUUGUAUUGCAAGGAGCUUCAUGCCUUUCUGUGUUGUGCACUGCAGCAACUUCCAAUAAGCCAACAUUUGGGAAGCUAUGUCCAUUUACACAUGUUGUACAAUCCUAUAUAAAUUGCACAGAUAAUCUCUGAUCAUACAGAAACCUCACACCAUGAACAUUUUUUUUUUCCCAUCAAAUAAAUUGAAUGAAGUUAAGCUAAAGAGAAAGUUUGUGCCUGUGACUUCUCAGUGUUUGCAGAGUAGACUUUUUCCAUAUCAUUUUAUAAAGGAAACCAGUGAAAACUGCUGAGCGACAUAGGCUGAUCAAUGUUUUCUAGGGUAUAGACAGAGCUCCCUGCAGAGUGGGUGAGUCAAGAUUUGCUGUAAGUUGGCCACCUCCUGGUCAAUGCAGAAACCAUAGAUAUGGAGCAAACAAGAUCAUUUCAGUUUAGUAUCUAGUUAUUAUUAGUGACAUCUCACUUCCUGUUUCUAAGUGUCAGACAUUUUAAAGAGAGCUGAAAAUGGCAAAUUUUAAAUAUGGUAAUCCUUAAACAGACACUAAAAGACUGUGUGAAUUGGCUUAGCCCCAUUUAAUGUGGUGUCUCUUAGUGCAUGGCUAUAAUAGAUUUUAGCUUCUCUUCAUUAAUAGAGAUAUAUUAUUUUCAUAAAAUAUGGCACGUGUUUGCCGUCUGUUCCCUUUCACUGCUAUACAAAUAUGCUGCUCAGCGGUCUGUUGGGAGAAUCUGAUGUGGAUAAAGAUUAACUUGCGAGAGACUGUAAAAUUCUUUUGGCAUUGCCGAUCUUUGGAAAAUAUUGAUGGGGGAACAAAUUUUAAUGCUGGGAAACACCAAAAUUUAAUUUCAGAGCACUGCAGAAACAAGUAGAUGACUUUCUUUCAUUUUAUUGUGUGUUGAGAUUUUUUAAUUUGUCCACUAAUGCCAAUUUAUAAAUCUACUGGAGUAACUUAACUUGGUUAAAAUUAAAUACUCAUUAAAAAUGAAAUUUAAAGCUCCACAGGAAACACUGUCACAAAUCGGCUUACAUAAAACAAAUGGAUCUAGUAAAUACACACAUUAAAAUGUAGUAGAAAAUGUAGAUUAUAUAAGCGAUUAGGUUUCUAUACAGCAUCAUGCUAGGUAAUUAAUUCCCCUGUUCUUUAUGUGAUGUUCAUAUUCCUUUUGUUUUUAUGGCCUUCCUUGUUUUUAUAACUGGCUAACUGCAUACAUUUUCAACUUUAUUACACGUUAUAUGCUUAUAUUUAAACCCUUGUGACACAUAAAUAUUUGCCUUAGGUCUUUGUGUAACGUUCUCUGUAAUUUCCAAGAACAAUUGGCAUUCAAGCUAAAAUAACACUGUGUGUGCUGUAAGCUAGCUUUCAGGAUGCACACGUCAAAAUACAGUUCUAGAACGGAGGUUGUGAUUUGAUGUUGCAGACUGUAAAUCCCAUGGAUCAUUCUGUUGACUCUAAUUAGCCUUCGACUAUGUGAGUUCAGUAAUCAGGACUAUUUGGUAGCAUUGCUGCACAAAUAUGAUUUCCCUUUUGUCAUCUAUCAGUUUAUUUAAAGUGUUGUAUGUAUCCAAAUGAGUUGAGGAUUUAGUUACUUUAUUUUUUUUUUUUUUUUAAACAUGCAUAUUUGCCUUAUGGUUGAUUAAGCAGACUGUUCUCUACUAGUUCCUAGGAUAUUUGUAGGACCGCUGUCACAAGAAUUUAGGUAGAUGUAUCCUAGACCAACAGAUGGAUUGAAGUAGUACAAUCCAUUUUCUUGAAAACAGAAUUUAUAUUUACAGUCAAGGGGGAAAAAAAAUAAAAUAAUAACAAUAGUCUGUUCCUUAGCAGGUCUUAAAAUUGGGUAUAUCCAACCUCAGAUGAACACGACAUAUUACACCGUGUUGUGAUUUCUUUAACAUUAAGCCAAAAUGGAGAAGUAAUAUGUGAAAAAAUUAAGUACACCCUUACUGCUUCCAUAUGGAAUUAAGAGGCUAAGUAGCAGACCGGUGCUGCCCUUAAUUGAUCAUCAGCAAAAGUGACUGUGACUAGAAAGCCAGGGUUUUAGCAGAUUGCUGGUCUUGAGCAUUCAGGUAUGUGUUGGUACAAUGCCAAGGAGGAAAUGCAUCAGUAAUGAUCUUGGAGAAGUAUUUGUUGCUGCCCAUUAAACUGGGCAGGGUUAUAAAGCCAUUUCUAAACCAUUUGAAGUCCGUCAUGCUACAGUGAGAUUAUUCAAAAAAAAAAAAAAAAAGUGGAAAACAUUAAAGUUGCCAAUCUUCCCAGAAGUUGAUGUCCCAGUAAAUUCACUCCAAGGUCAAACCAUGCAAUGCUUAGAACUGCAAAAAAAAAAAACAAGUUUACCUCUCAGACUCUACAGGCCUUAGAUAGCAAGUUAAAUAUUAAAGUUCAUGACCGUACAAUUACAAAAAGAUUGAACAAGUAUGGUUUGUUUGGAAGGGUUGCCAGGAGAAAACCUCUUUUCUCUAAAAAGAAAGUGUCAAUACGACUAAGGUUUGCAAAGUUGCAUCUGAACAAACCACAAGACUUCUGGAACAAAUGUCCUUUGGUCAGACAAUACCAAAGUGGAGAUGUUUGGCCCUAAUGCACAGUGCCAUGUUUGGCAAAAAACAAAAACAUCAUAUCCGCUCAAGCACUUGAGUAGUGAGGAUUCGGGCUUGUUUUGCAGCCACAGGAGCUGGGAACCUUGCAGUCAUUGAGUCAACCAUGAACUCCUCUGUAUAUCGUAGAUAGUCUCAUAUUUGACUCAAGAAUACUGCCUGACAGUUAUACUUGGUUGAAAUUGGGUCAUGCAACAGGACAAUGAUCCCAAGCACACUAGGAAAUCUACAACAGAAUGGCUGAAAAAGUUAAGAAUCAAGUCAAAGUCCAGGCCUCAACCUGAUUUUGAAAUGCUGUGCAUAAACAGAUGCCAGCAAACCUCAAUGAACUGUAAAGAAUGGGCCAAAAUUCCUCCACAUUGUGAGAGACUGAUAAGGUCAUACAGAAAAUUAUUACUUAAAGUUAUUGCUGCUAAAGGUGGUUCUACAAGCUGUUGAAUCAUAAGAUGUACUUUUUCACACAUGGCUUCUCCAUUUUGGCUCUAUUUUUGUUAAUAAAUCAUGACAGCGUAAUAUAUCAUGUGUUGUUGAUCAUCUGAGGUUGUAUUUACCUAAUUAGAAGACCUGCUAAGGAACAGAUAAUUAUGUCCUGAUACGUAAAACAAAAGAAUUCAAAGAGGUUGUACGUUCUUUUUCCCAUGACUGGAUAUAGAUUUGUCAUUAAGAAAAUACAAAAAAAAAGUCCUAUUUUUAUGCUUUAUUGCCUAGGGGUUAAACAUCAACAUUUUAUUAAGUGUUCUUGCAUAGCAAGACCACUUAAUGUUAUCUCACAUAUAUGUUGUUGUUGUUAUUGUUAUUAUUAUUAUUAUUAUUGCCAUAUUUAUCACCCUAACUCCUCCCACAGUUUUUAAACUACAUAGACAGUAAUAUACCGAAACGUGCGGAUUGUUCCCGAUUGGAUUGCUAUUACUUUGUGGAACGUUUUGCCAAAUGGGUCAACAAAAUAUUGUCGUCCUUGUGGCGAAAUUGGUCCCAUAGGAAUGAAUGGCAAAAUGUUCAAAACUAGAGUGGGAGCUGGCAAAAGCAGAAAAAUCAGGACAUGAUUUCUAACGCCGUUUAUUGACAUUCAUUGAAACUUCACUCUAGCCAGCUCCAAUUUGAUGGGCAAGUUCUAAACUGUGACUGUUCCUUCAUUUUUAAUAUUUCAGAGACAUACUGAUAAUGUAUCAGAAUGUAGGUCUGGGUCUUGUGAUUCUCUCAAUAUAAAGCUCUUCGCUGUAGGAUUUAUAGUUUUUAUAAUAGGACCAUUUGAAAAUGGCAACCGCCAAAAUACUCUGACCUGUGCCAGGCUGGACCAGCAGGUGAUGUCAUAGACAGGGCCUUUUGUACACCUGGUAAUGUUUUUAUAAAUGUAUGUUUUAAUGUAACUGUGAAGCACUUUGGGCAACAACGUUGCAAUUAAAUGUGCUAUAUAAAUAAAUAAGUUACUCCACCCACUCCAGUUGCAGACUACUGGUGUAGGCAAGAACACUUCACACAAUUUCCCCAGAAAUUUUAGCUUUUCUAGAUAAAUUUGAACUUUUAAAAUGCAAUGUUAGGUUUCUUUUUAAAAGACUGUAAUAUUAAUAUAUAUAUAUAUAUAUAUAUAUAUAUAUAUAUUUGUUUGUAUUGAAAAAUACAAUGUUAUACAUUAAAUGUUUAUUUUACAUAUUGUGUAUUAUGCAUGGGGAAUUUUGUAUCACCUUUCACCUGGUACAUGUAGUUCCAGGUGCCGGGCAAUCUUUUUUUCUAUUACAUUAGCCCUGCUGCACACAAGAGGCAGGUCUACAACCGGAAAGGAUUAGUGCCAGGGCAGGGAGCAUGUGGGCACAUAUGGCGGGUACCGACCACACUAACUGCUUCCUUAAAGUGCAGCGCUUCCUAAUGUGCCAGAAUACCUGCAUUCUGACUCUCUAAGUGCCAGAACUAAAAGGAGCAAUUACUGUAAUCUGCACUCACUUAAGGUGCAGACCACUUGCUCAUCUGUACCUGGGCUACCAGUAAUCAAGUAGGCCCAUAAUUUCUCAGGAUAACACACAAACAAUUGUCUCAUUUAAUAUCCCAUGAAGUGCCCAUAAAAGCACAGAUUUAUUGGUCAAAAAUAGUGUGUGUGUAUAUAUAAAGCAACAUAUAGCAGACAGAAUCAUCUCACAGGCAACUCUGGUAUAUCUAAUAAAAUAUGGUAUAAAAAUGGCGUAAAAUGCAAACUGCCACCAGUUCCUGUAUCGAUGGAGAAACCAGACAAAAUGCAGAUAAGUUGGAUGGAAAGACCCCUUAAGUGGAUGAAUGCCUUUCACUUCUGUUAAAACACUUUAUCAACAUAACAUUAUCUAAGGUAUUGAUGUGAAUAUAAAGGAAAAGAAAAGCACAUUAGCAAUCACUAAUGAGAGAAACCACAUCCCUAAUCAGAAUGAGAGGGGGGAAAAAGGAAAAAGACAUCAGCCCAAUGUAUACCUAAAUAAUCAAAAUAGUAAUACAAUGUUGAAUGAUUGCAAAUGAUUACAUUAGCUUACCUUCAGUUCUUUCUAAUAAAAAGGAGAGCAGACCAUAGAACAAGAGAGCAUUAAAGGGACAAUAUAGUCACCAAAACAACUUUAGCUUAUUGAAGCAGUUUUGGUGUAUAGAUCAUGCCCCUGCCGUCUCAGUGCUCAAUCCUCUGCCAUUUAGGAGUUAAAUCAAUUUGUUUAUGAACCAUAGUCACACCUCCCUGCAUGUGACUUGUACAGCCUUCCUGAACAAUUCCUGUAAAGAGCUAUCUAAUGUUAAUCUAAAUUAAACAGAAUUUGCAAUAAAAGGAAGGAUUAUCUCCUGCUAUGUUAAUAGCUUACUAAACCCUGCAAGAGCCUUCUGUAUGUGAUUAAAGUUCAAUUUAUAGAGCAAAAGCUAAAAUUGUUUAAGGUAAAUUACAUCUGACUGAAAGUGAAAAGUUUUUAAAAAACAAUUUUUUUUUUUUUUUAUGCAGGCUGUCAAUCAGAGCCAGGGAAGGUGUGGCAAGUGCUUUAUAAACAGAAACAAAGUGAUUUAACUCCUAAAUGGUAGUGGAUUAAGCAGUAAAACCCGAGAGGCAUGAUCUACACACAAAAACUGCUUCAUUAAGCUAAAGUUGUUUAGGUGACUAUAGUGUUCCUUUAAAAUAUAAACACUGUACUGCUAUAGGUUCCUGCUUGCUAACAUUGCUUCCCAUACAAGGGUGCAUCACCUAAACUUCCUACUUCUUUACACAUACCAAGUCCAAAUAAGGUCCAAAUUAACAAGAACAGGGAACAGACCAUAAAAUAGGAAAGCAUAAAAAAACUAUACCACUACCAAUUCUUGUUUGUUAACCAUGCUUUUUAUUCGAGGGUACCUCACUUAAACUUGGCUCUAAUUCACAAAUUUCAAGUUCAUAUAAGGUCCAAAUAUACAUAUACAGAAGAAGAGAAACCCUCAAUGCUCAAUGUAAAAUAUAAACAAUAUAAGUUUCUGUCAAAUUAGAUCAAAUAAUUAAUCUUUCCUACAAGCACUUGAAAAUGGCUCUCCACUGGAUGGGCUGUCUUAAAGGAAUAUUUGGUCAUUGCGAUCGAAAGUCUUAGGACUGCUUAUAAGACUGUGGUUGUAUGUUGAUGAAUUGAUCAUAGCAGACUAACCCCCAUGAAGCCUGCUCCUAUAUCGAUAUCCCUCAUUCCCAAUUCCAAACACCCAAGCAACAUCCAAUUUAUACUAUGACACCACAAUAUUGAGUGAUUUUUUUUAUUUAUUUUUUUUUUAAUCGAUAAUUAUACAAUAUAAAGAAUACACAUCCAAUUGUUAAAUGCAACCAACAAUUUAUUUUCUGCUAUAAUCCGAUUCCUACAUACCCAUAAUGUGAUGGUUGAUCCCUAGGGAGUCAUUGGAGAUGGGCCUAUUCUAAUCUAGAUAGGUAAACUCUCAAGUGACCCAAACCAUAAUACGUCCCUAAAAAAAAAAAAAAAAUCCUCCGGACCGAAGUCCCUUAAAUAUAAUAAAUACAAAUAUCUCAGAUGGUCUCUUCUAGAGUACCUAAUGUCUAAAUACUUCUCUAACAUAUGGAUCCAAAACAUCUGGACGUUUCUGCCAUAAAGUUUUUUUUGAAGAGUCUCUGAAAUUUUUUUUUUUUGCCAGGACAGGUAGUUUGGGCUAUCUCUUGGAAAAGCGGAUUUAAAUAAAAAUAAAAAUUCACCCCUCUGUUAAUGGAUUGCAGGACGUUUAGGAAUUGUAUGUUCUGUCUGGCUAUAUAGUGCUAUCUGGCAAUAUAUUUCAUGUACUCCUGCUUUGAAAUAAAUUGGUCAUUGCCAAUAUCACAAUGAACCACUGUGUGUACUAUUGGUGUGAAAUCAAUUGAUUACAGCUGCACAACACUUCCAAACAGUGCCUUACAAAUUCAAAAUACAUUGAAUUGCAUUGGGGAAAAAUAUAGCAUUUCAAUAAGCAUAUUUUUGACUUCCUUCACAGAGCAUUUACAUGUCCAGUGUACUGUCAUUUAUUCAUUUACAAAACCUAUUUUUGUCUGAUAAAAAUAAAUACUGGCCAUUAAGUUUUUUUUGAAGAGUCUCUGAAAUUUUUUUUGCCAGGACAGGUAGUUUGGGCUAUCUCUUGGAAAAGCGGAUUUAAAUAAAAAUAAAAAUUCACCCCUCUGUUAAUGGAUUGCAGGACGUUUAGGAAUUGUAUGUUCUGUCUGGCUAUAUAGUGCUAUCUGGCAAUAUAUUUCAUGUACUCCUGCUUUGAAAUAAAUUGGUCAUUGCCAAUAUCACAAUGAACCACUGUGUGUACUAUUGGUGUGAAAUCAAUUGAUUACAUACUGCUGCACAACACUUCCAAACAGUGCCUUACAAAUUCAAAAUACAUUGAAUUGCAUUGGGGAAAAAUAUAGCAUUUCAAUAAGCAUAUUUUUGACUUCCUUCACAGAGCAUUUACAUGUCCAGUGUACUGUCAUUUAUUCAUUUACACAAACCUAUUUUUGUAUGAUAAAAAUAUAUGGCAUUAUAGGUCUACAGUUUAUUGUAAAAUAAAGUUGAGAAAUAUUCUUUACUUUGCAUGUCAGAGGAUUGCUACACCGAGAUAAACAGCUUAACUAAAACUUAUUUGGAACAGUUUUGUCCAAUCUGUGUUCAGUAUAAUGUAAACAUAACGUAUAUUUCACGCACUAAUAAAAUCCUCUUGUUUUAUUUCAGUGAUAAGCUUCAGCCAGGAAAUAUCAUACUUUCUACCUCUCCACGGACAAGAAGGCAUUUGAAUGGUAAACAGUUUAAGUUUCUUUGUGAGAUGUUUGUUUCUGAUUUCAUUAUUUAUUUUUCUCGUAGUGGUAAGAAAAUGUUGUAGUAAAACAUUGUUGCUUAUCACGUUAAUAAAAUCUUCUCCCACGUACGUGUGUACGUGUGUGUGUGUGUGUAUAUAUAUAAUAUAUAUAUAAUAUAUAUAUAUAUAUAUAUAGUGUGUGUGUGCCUACUCUGCAGCAAUAUAUCGGAACAGAGUGAGGCGAGGGAGCUCUGUCUGUGCUGAUGAUCUUCCUGCUCCCUCGCACGCCCUCUGUGGUGAUGCCAAAAGCCGGAAUAUGAUGUCAUUCCGGCCCCCGCAUUACUAAACAGUACGAGGGAGGAGAGAGGAGCAGGAAGAUCAUGAAACUCACUGGACCCUGGGGAGAGGACCCAGAGGACUCCUAAGGGUAGGAGCAAGAAUCAAUACAGUUAAUAUUGUGUGUGUGUGCAAAACUGUGUAAAUGUGUGUGUGUGUCUAUCUAUCAAGAGUGUGUCUGUCAGUAAGUGUGUAUGCAUGUCUGUCAGUGAGUGUGUGUUUUUGUGUGUGUCAGUAAAUGUAUCUGUCAAUGAGUGUUUUUAUCUCAGUGGGAUUGUCAGUGUGUAUGUGUGCGUGUUUGUCAGUAAAUGAUUGUGUGUUUCAGUAAAUGUAUCUGUCAGUAAGUGUGUCUGUCAAGUAAGUGUUUGUGUGUGUCAAGAGUGAGUGCCAGUGUGUCUGUCAGCAGAUCCAGCCAUUGGGGUGUGCAAGCUGUGUGGUAACGCAGUGCGCCAUGAAAAAAGGCGCCCAGCGGCCAACGUGGCUUGCAAGUUGGGGACACCAGCAUAUUUAAAUUUAAACGAUUCCCUGAUGGUCCACUCGUGCGCACCAGCAGUAGUUGGUCAGAUCAUAUUCUCUCCCUCGUGGUUCUGGCUCUCAGUUAGUGAGUCAAAGAACAGGCUCAGAGAUACUCAACCUGCGCUGUGACAACAUUGAAAGCCAGAGUCGUGAAGGAGUGGGUAUUAUGAUCUGAAACAGGACGUGCGUUUCCUGCUAUUUACCACCGGACUGCCAGAGAACGGAUUUAGGCUACCACUGGACCACCAGAGUAAUUUGAGGGGGCAUUUGUGACCAAGCACUAGAGUAAGGGGGCGCUGCAGGGAAGAGUGUCGCAGCUUGGAACAUGGUAGGACUGAGGACAGUGAGUGGCUGCUUUAGAAUGCAGCCUUGAAAACCUUCCAGCCUUAGAAACUCCCCCAGUAUGUAGCUGGCAAAGGAGCUGAUGAGUGUAGGUGGUGUUACACCAGCAAUACUCUGCUGAGUAGAACUACCUACCCUGUCACAUAACACACCUGAACACCAGUUCAAUUAACCUACCAACCAACCUGCUAUACAUAAGCCUAUGUCUGUGACGGAGUGUGUUGUGUGUCUAUGUAUGGACUUUGUGUGUCUUUAAAUGUAUGUGCCUCUGUGUUUUUUUUUUGUUUUUUUUGCUUUUUUAUUUUUUUUAGGAAUGUUUGUAGCUGUGUUAAUGAGUGCGUGUAGGUCUGUGACUAUGUUCUGGUGUGUCUGUGUCCAUGAUGAUGUAUGUCUCUGAUUGUGAUGGUGUGUGUUAAUUCAUGUCUGACAAGGUUAUUCACUUAAACAAUUGUCAGGAAUACAAUGCUUCCAGUUUGACAGAAUAGUCAUUCACUUUGAAAUCCACUAUGAAUUCCUGACAAUUCUCAUUUUUGUAAAUAACCCAGUAUGUAUGUCUGUAUGUAUGUAACUGUGUAUAUUGGUGUGUGCCUCUGUAUGUGACAGUGUAUGUGAAUGUGCACAUGUCUAUAUAUGUAUGAGAUAUGACCUGUGGAUUUAUAUAUAUGUGUAUUAAUUUGUUUGGGGUGCAUACAUCACUGUACAUAUACAGCAAACUGAAAUAAGGAAAACUAAUGUGUGUAAUUGUGUGAUUUAUGUAUGUUGUAAUUUAAAACGCGGAGUGCUGGACUUCCUUGUUUUGUGUACCACUGUGUGUCUGUCAUUGAGUGUAUAUGUGUAUAUAUAUAUAUAUAUAUAUAUAUAUAUAUAUAUAAACAAAGCAAAAAAUGAGAGCACUCCAUGGAUUUGGUAAAUCAAAUUACUGUAUUCAAAUAGCACAAAAAAAUCGACGUUUCGACCGUCUAGCGGUCUUUAUCAAGAUGCUGUCAUAUACAAAAACCUCAAAUAUAUACAUAAACGCUUGUUAAACUUACCCAAUCACCAAGUGCUCCCUGUGUGUCCAAUCUGCCAUAUGUGAAGCGUUAUGUUAUAUAUUUGGAUAUAUAGCCAGGAAUGGCUAGAAACGAUUGCUCAUAUAGGGACUCAGUUAGAAAGACUGGUGUAUUGGUACUGUGGACCUGUGUAGCCUAAUAGAGCUAACUCAAAUACUACCUAACUCCUUAUUAAAUUGGGAACCCUAGCUGGGAAAGCCAUGUGUGUUGCCAAAUCACAAACCUAAACAAUAAGAACAGGCAUCAAUUACAGAAAACAGGCUGGCUUAGCAUAAUGUGAGUUGUCAGUAUAUAACAGAGAGUGUGUGUGAUGUUGACCCUUUAUCUACUGGGGUCCAUUUAUAGUGUAGAGUGAUCAGCAUGUGUGUGGUGAUGCUGAUCACUCUACUCUUGAUUUAUUUCACCACACACAUGCUGAUCACUCUACACUAUAAAUGGACCCCAGUAGAUAAAGGGUCAACAUCACACACACUCUCUGUUAUAUACUGACAACUCACAUUAUGCUAAGCCAGCCUGUUUUCUGUAAUUGAUAUUGUUUAUUUGGCAACACACAUGGCUUUCCCAGCUAGGGUUCCCAAUUUAAUAAGGAGUUAGGUAGUAUUUGAGUUAGCUCUAUUAGGCUACACAGGUCCACAGUUACACCAGUCUUUCUAGACCACAGUUGCUCAAACGGUGAUUUCACCACACGACUUUUUUUUUUGCGGCUUCACUCAUAUGGCUUGGACACACAGGGAGCACUUGGUGAUUGGGUAAGUUUAACAAGCGUAUGUAUAUAUUUGAGGUUUUUGUAUAUGACAGCAUCUUGAUAAAGACCGCUCGGUCGACUCCAUGGAGUGCUCUCAUUUUUUGCUUUGUUUAUAGUAUUUUGCACAGAGAAGCACCUGGUAUGUAUUAUUAUUUGGGAAGAGUGCCAGAAAUUGUAUAGUUUCUAUAUAUAUAUAUAUAUAUAUAUAUAUAUAUAUAUAUAUAUAUAUUUAUAUAUAUAUAUAUUAUUACCCCUACCUGGUAUAUACUUUUUGAUGCAUAGAUGAUUAUAGAUAUUUUUUUUUUUUUUCACUGACCAAUCAGUUUGGCAACCUGUAUUUAUUUAUUAAUUUUUUUUUUCACAUUAGCCAGUAUCUUGAUAUUUACUCUACAUUACUAUACUUAUUUCCAGGAGAUGCAACUAGCCUCAGGGCUUUGUCCUCACUGAGAUUAUUUGGCAUCUAUUUUUUUGGGUUUAUCAUUGCAUUGGGGUUAAGCCCCUGGAGUCUCAUCUCGGUACUUAAGACUAGUGGUUACACCAGGCACGAUUAUCGUAGGGUAUAGUGCUUGUGGUAGUACCCACUGUCUUAUUUUCUGUUCUUUUUUUGGUAAAUUGUAUCAUGUUUUAUCUUGCAAUCGACUUGUUGCAAAAAAAAAUUUUUCAAAAAAUAGCUGAUUUUAUUAUUUAUGCAGCGCUGUACAAUGGGUGGACGAACAGAUCUGUAUUUGUAACCAGACGAGUUGGACAGACAGGGACAGAGGGAUUAAGGGCCCUGCUCCAUGAGCUUACAUGCUAGAGGGAGUGGGGUAUAGUGACACAAAAGGUAAGGGUAGGGUAUAAUAGUAGGUUAGGAUAGUAUUCCCUGAGGGGUUAUUGUUUGGUUUUUAUGAAAGUUGUAGGAGAGGAAUCUGGGCGCAGAGAGAGAAAGCUGUCACCGUUUAAUUGAUAUUUUUUCCUGAAGUAAGUCUUCAAAGAUUUAUUUUUUUGAACGAGUGGAGACUGGAUGAAAGUCUAACGGAGAAGGAAAGGAGUUCUAUAGGAACAGUGCAGCCCUAGAGAAGUCUUUAAGGUGAGCAUUAGAGGUGGGAGUAUGAACAGAGGUUACACAUAGGUCUUCGGCAGAGCGCAGGGGCCUAGACGGGACAUAUUUGUGUAUUAAUAGGUAGUUAAGAGCAGCAUUGUGUAGAGAUUUGUAAGAAACUACCUGGAUCUUAAAUUAAACCCUAUAUCUUACGGAAAGCCAAUGUAAGGACUGACAGAGGGGUGAGGUGCGAGUGGACAGGAAGAUCAGCCAACAUUCAUCAAACUGUAAUGGGGCAAGUUGGGAACGCGCAAGACCACUGAGAAGCGGAUUGCAGUAUCAAGGCGAGAGAGGACAGGGCAUGGACAAGCACCUUAGCCUUAUUAGGCGUUAAAUAGGGAUGGAAGCAGCAGGAUUUGAUUUGUUAUAUAUUUGUGUGUGUGUGUGUGUGUAUAAUAUAUAUAUAUAUAUAUAUAUAUAUAUAUAUAUAUAUAUAUAUAUAUAUGUAUGUGUGUGUUUCUCAGCUGUAAUGUUAUUGAUUGUUCUAUCACUUUUUCCUGCUAUAUUGGCUAACCAGGAAUUUGUAAAGUCUUUGUCUUCAGUAAUUUCUUCAAAUGGCAGUGCAGGAAAAGUGCUACAUGCCAGUAUGUAGAGUUUGUUUUUAUUUGCUUCCAGAAAUUUAGCUGUUGACCCCUUAACGCCGGAGAGCGUACUAUUACGUCCUAUUUUAAGCGUCUCUAAACGCCGCCGGGCGUAAUAGUACGCCCUCCGUUUUUUGGUUUUUUUUGUACUUACCCGGUCGCCGGCGAUCCCACGCCGGCGAUCGCGUUUGGGGGGACUCCCAGGGAGCCCCCCGCGGCACAUCAGACGUCCUGAAGUCCCCCUGCUGGCUGAAAAUAAAAUAAUGUUAAAAGUGUAAAAAAAUAAAAAAAUUAUAUACUUAGAUUAUAUAUAUAUGUGUGUGUAUAUAUAUAUAUAUAUAUAUAUAUAUAUAUAUAUAUAUAUAUAUAUUCUCUACAUUACUAUACUUAUUUCCAGGAGAUGCAACUAGCCUCAGGGCUUUGUCCGCACUGAGAUUAUUUGGUUUAUCAUUGCAUUGGGGUUAAGCCCCUUGAGACACCAUACACACACACACACACACACACACACACACACACACUGUCUAGGUGUAUUUUAAUAUAUAUAUAUAUAUAUAUAUAUAUAUAUAUAUAUAUAUAUAUAUAUAUAUAUAUAUAUAUAUAUAUAUAUAUAUAUAUAUUUUUUUUUUUAUAUCAAAUUACACGUAGACUGAUACUGAUUAAAUAUAUAUAAUUAUAUAUAUAUAUAUAUAUUUAUAUAUAAUAUAAAAAAAUUUAAAAAUAAAUAAUUAAAAAAUAUAUAGAUGUGUUAUUUCGUUCUAACUGUAUUGUGAUAUUAAUAUAAAUAUAUUUAUAUCAAAAUACAUGGAGAACGAAAUAAUAUAUAUCUAUAUACAUAAAUAUAUACGUAUAUAUCACUAUAGAUAUACCUAUAUAUAAAUAAAAAUAUUUAAAAAAAUAUAUAUAUUAAUUCUACAUAUAUAUUUAUGUAAUAUUUUUACAUAAUUAGGUAUCUUAAUUAAUUACAAUUAGCGGGACCUGCCUGACAACCCAUGCCAAAAGUAAAGGGAAUUUAAUUUGCUAGCACUAUAUUUAACCCUAUAACUUUCCAAGACACCAUAAAACCUGUACAUGGGGGGUACUGUUCUACUCGGGAGACUUUGAUGAACACAAAUAUUAGUGUUUCAAAACAGUAAAAUGUAUUACAACGAUGAUUUCGCCAGUAAAAGUGAAGUUUUUUGCAUUUCUCACGCACAAACAGCACUUACAUGGAUGAUAUUAUUGCUGCGAUACUUUUUACUGUUUUGAAACACAAAUAUUUGUGUUCAGCGAAGUCUCCCGAGUACAACAGUACCGCUCAUGUACAGGUUUUAUGGUGUUUUCAAAAGUUGCAGCGUCAAAUAUAAGGCUUGUGUUUCAUUAAAAUUUGCCAGAUUGGUUAGGUUGCCUUUGAGACCCUAUGGUAGCCCAAGAAUGGAAAAUACCCCUAUGAUGGCAUACCAUUUGCAAAAGAAGACAACCCAAGGUAUUGCAAACUGGGUAUGUCCAGUCUUUUUUAGUAGCCACUUGGUCACAAACACUGGCCAAAAUUUGUCGUUUUUUGCAUUUUUCACAGACAAACAAAUACUAACGCUAACUUUGGCCAGUGUUUGUGACCAAAUGGCUACUAUAAAAGACUGGACAAUACCCCAUUUGCAAUACCUUGGGUUGUCUACUAUUGCAAAUGGUAUGCCAUUAUGGGUGUAAAUUUCAUUCCUAGGCUACUAUACAGUCUAAAAGGCAACGUAACCAAUCUGGCGAAUUUCAAUUUCAAAUGUAACGUGUUAUAUUUGACCCUGUAACUUCCCAAAACGCCAUAAAACCUGUACAUAGGGGGUACUGUCUUACACGUGAGACUUUGCUGAAUACAAAUAUGUGUAUUUUAUAUUUUAUUGCAGUAAAGCAAACAGUAUUAUGAUAUUGACAGUUAAAAUGUCAUGUAGAACUAAAAAAAUUUUUUUAAAAUCUCAUUUUCUCCCAUGUUUUUCAUAUUAAAUUAUGUUUCAUAGCUAAAUAUUUGAUAUUAAAUGAAAGCCCUGUUUCCCCUGAAUAAAAUGAUAUAUGAUAAGGAUGGGUGCAUUUACUAUGAAAGAGGUGAAUUAUGGUUGGACAGACAUGUAGUGCAAAUGCCAGGUUUUGUUUACAUUUUGUUUUGUUCACAACGUGUACAUUUGGCUCCGUCCUUAAGGGGUUAAUCGGUGAUUGAAAUAGAACCCAACUUUAGGCAGCUUAUGAAUUUAACAUAUAACUUGGCAUAAUUUGAAUCAGGCAGGUAAAAUUGCAGAUUUGGGACCCAAAAUAAAGUGGCAUUUACACCUCUAUGGGUCUUCUUUAUACCAUUUAACAAUCAACUAAUUAUCUUUAUACAUGUGGUACUAUGAAAUUUAAAUUAAACUUAUAUUACAAAGCUAAAAAGAACUACAUUGCAUUGUCUGAUGUGAAAAGUAAUUAUUUUGCUUUUAUCGUCUAUGUAGUCAUUACUACAUGAUUUAGUAAAAUUGUGCAGACUGUAAUAUAUAGCCGUGUUCAAAGGAUCAGCAUUGAAUCUGUACAUUCAGAAAAUAGUAAUUGCAUCAAUAAAGUUGUUUUUUUAAAUGUCCUCCUUGGUACAGUCAUAUACGGCUUCUAACUAAAGACUGGAAAUCAAUCUGUCUUUUCAUUUGAAUCGUAAAGGUCAUUUUAUUUAACUUGUAGAGAAAUUGAUCAGCCCUGUUGAGUGGAUUUCUGACCUGCAAACAAGCACAAACGUGUCUUGUUCCAAAAAGCACAUGACAUUAUUACAGUAUUUUACAAUAGGGCUUUACUGCCUGAGCUGGUAAUGGGGCAAUGAUUCUGCAGGCUAGAAUACAAACAUCUGCCAUAUUUAGGGUUGCAAUGAGCCCUGGGCCAAAAUUCUCAACUGGUUCACUCUCUAGUUUUAACCAUGCAAGGCUCUCUGUGUCAGCAGAAGAGAAAAAUAACUGCUUCUAUUUUUACAUCUGCUGGAAUCCUGAACACACACCCUUCUGGUGUCAGUGCGCAUUACUCAUUUAAAGGCAGGCCUCUUUUAUGUAAUAAAAUGUUUUGAUGGAGCUCUGCUGCCCUCUGUUGUUAGUGAAGCUGCCUUUUAACAAUAAUGUAUGUUUAGUUUUCUUUAAGUUGGGGAACUCUGUUAAUAUUAAAAUGGAUGCAAAAGUUAAAUUCAACACAUUAAGUACCACCUCUUGAGCAAUGUGUUGGUUCCCACUGGCAUUUGGUGCUUGGCUUCUAUAAAACGUGGACUAGGAAGUGAAAAUAUAUAACUUUGCAAGUAUGUAUGUGUGUGUAUACAUGUGUUUAUAUUUUUUGUAUUUAUUUCCAUGCAGUAAAUAUAGUAUUUUGUGUUGCUGAAUAACUAGUUGUAUGUGUGUACAUAUAUAUAUACACACACACACACAAUUAAAACAACAAACUUUUCAGUCCACUGCUUGUGGAGGUAUGUUUAAAAUGUUCUGCUUUUUUACAUAUUAUUUGCUACUAUCAGAUGAUUAAGUUCAUAGAUGUAAUGUACCUGGAUAGAGUCCAUAUUUCAGCUGUCUCCCCUAUGUACAUAUGGUUAAUGCUGUUAGUACUGUUCACUUCCCUGGGAAGAAUAUUAUUCCUCGUUAAUUUAUUCCACUCCUGCUGAUCUGUUUUGGCUACUUCAAAAGCCUGAGAAGUAAUAAGAGUUAAUAGAAGACAAUUAUUUAUGCAGUGGUUUUUUUUAGGUUUUAAUAAAGAAAAUGAUGGCUUGGAGCACAGAAGAUGUCAAGAUAGACUUUCUCCUGAUGCACGUGAACAAAUCCACAGCCCUUCAGGCCAAAGGUAUUACUAUAUUAUCUACUGAAAUCUAUGUAUCAUUAUUUUCCAUGAUUAAUUGCAACUUGUAACACCAGAUUAUUCAAGUUAAACUUGAAAUAGCAAAGUUGCUAUUAUGGUUUAAAAUGUGUAUUCUGGUUGUCAAUUCUCUGCAAAUAAACAGAUUAGGGAAAUAACUUGCUGUUUAAGACUCUCUAAAGCACUAUCAUUGUAGAACUGUUAUUUUUCCAACUAAUAAUUGAUGUAUUCAUUUUUGAAGGAAACAAAUGAUGGACACUAAAAGAGACCCCCGAUCUCCAAAUCUUUUGCUGGUCACAAAGGAUUAUGGCUUGAAAGAUAUGUACAUGAACAAAUCAGGUGAUCCUCAUGACAGUUUGAACCAGAUAAAUUCCAUCUACUCUGAAAAUUGUCUGCCUCAUGACAGUUCUUCAGUUCUAAGAGACAUGCCAGGAGCCACAGUAAAAGUGCAUUCUACCAACGGAUUCAUGAAUUCCACAGUGCAACAUCCUUCUGCCGUUUCUUUAACCACAAGCUCUCCUCAACCAUACUCACAAAAUAGGCUGCAGUACAUGAACUCAAAUGUUUUUCAAUUUGGUGAAAGUCAAACCUGCAGCAGAGAUGAAACCUCCUCUAUGGAUAAUCACAAUGCAAGCAUUUUACCACCUCCACUACCCCCGAAAAAAUACCGUAAUGCUAUGCCAAGAACCGAACAAAAUGUUGUACCAACAAUGAAUUCUAAACUUGCAGAAACAUAUUCACAAGCUCAGACCCCACUGGAUACACGUUUAUCUAAUGAUUUAAUGAGGCCAGAGACUGAGACAGAUUACUAUCCAAGGAAAGAUACAUUUCACAACAAUGAACUUCAUAUUGGCAAAUCUAACAUGGCUGGUUCCUCUAUGUGUGAGUGUCGGUCGAAAAUGGUUCCACAUGACUUGGGAUUAGAUCCAGUUUCCCCUAAUGGAAACGAUACAGUUUCACUGACUACUUAUUUUUCUGUUGACAACUGCAUGACAGACACGUACAGGCUGAAAUAUCACCAGAAGCCUAGGAUGUAUAUGCCAGAGAAUGCAGUUUAUAAUAGGGACCCCUUCCAUCUACCAGAAGCUGCACUAGAACCAGCAUAUCGCACGACAUUUGACCACACUCAUCCUUCAUUGGUUUCGCGAUCUAAACAGUCAGUAGGAAAUAUACCUUGUAAUAGGUAAACCUAAACAUUUUUGGUACUGAAGAAUAAUAUUCAGUGGCAGUUUUUUUGCACACAGAUUGAAAGUUUUGUUUGAUUUUGUUUUGGUUUUUACCCCAAGCACUGGCCCAUGAAGAUCCAGUAAAGUAUAAGCACAUACUGCUUAAGUGUGUUUUAUCUUCUGUAGUGGGGACAGUGCAUUAUAUCAUGUUGAUUUGUAUUUGAGCAUCUCUGUAUGCGUGGCUUCAACAAAGGAAUUUUUAAAUAAAGUGAAACAUACAAUUAAUGUUCUUAAGUAGGAAAAUACAUUUCAAAAUGCAAAAAGUGAAUGAAACAUGCCUUUAACAUGGCAGAGCUGUAACUGUGUCUGUAUUGGACUUAUUAUGUAAAUCAUUGUGGAUAGUGAUAACAUAUGCAGCUAUAGUUAUUGUUGGAAGUCUUAAUUUAGUGAGGUUCGAAGAGGGGUCCAUUUUGAAUGACUAUCAGUUAUUAAAAAAUGAAGAAAAAUCUGUUCCUGCCCAAAGGCCAAACUAAAUAGCUCAUGGCUAUUGGAUCGGAAUUGCAACAGCAUAGAGGCCCAACUUCCUGUUUUUAUUAAUUUUUUGGGUUGUGAAUGAGAUUGUGGCUAUUGGGGUGGCUAUUGAUUAUGGGAAAGCUAGUUCAAAGCUGGAGUGCUAGGUAGAUAUUGGCCAUUGCAGAUCUAGCAUGUUCAAAUGACUUGUGCAGUCGUUUAGCAGAUACAUGAUUCUCAGAAAGUUAAAUGGCACACAAAAGAAUACAAAUACUCUCCCUUAUGGUAAAAGUGAACCCUUCGUGGUCUCCAUUGCUGUAUAAACUUGUAAAUAUUGAAAAUUGCAUAUGCAGUGUUAAAUUAUAAUACUCUGUGCAUUUUUAUGUCUACAAGAUGAGUUAAGACUGGAACCUGGAAAGGUCUGCGGUAACAAUGGUUUGAUAUCAUAAAGUUUUUAUGUAGUUCUCAGGUUAUGGCUUUGGCAGUGACUUGUGUUCAAUGCCUGUGCUUUCUUCGGGUUUUCCCUGGAGAUGCAGGAGAUUUAGUCAGGUUUUCUCUGGACACUCUUUAAUUGAUAAAAUAAAGUUUUGGGGGGUUUUUUGUUUAGUUUUUUUAGGUAGUUCUCAGGAUAUGGUCAUGGCAGGGGCUUAUCUGUGCAUUGUAUCAGGGAUUUCUUCAGGUUUUCCCUGGAGACACAGGAGAUCCUUCCAGGUUUUCUCUAGAAACAUGUGAAUUUAUAUAAUAAAGCUUUUAGAUAGUUCUCAGGACAUGGUCGUGGCAGUCAUGCCUGGGUUUGCUUCAGGUUUUCCUUGGCGAUGCAAGAGAUCACAGCUAAUGGGUGUAGGAUUGUUACUAUAUCUAUGCCAAUAUCCCCUUUAACCCCUGUCCUGAUAUUAAACAUUAGUAUUUAAGCCAUGCAUCUGCCAGCAGUUUAUUCUCCUAAACUCAAUUUCCAGCAUAUAUAUGAUUGCAAUUAAUGUGGAAGGAUUAUGGACCCUAGAUCCCAGAUCCUAGUAUAAAAAUCUAGCCUAGGUAUGCCAGACAGGCAUAUGAAAGCACUGAUUAUUCUAGAUUAAUUAUGGAAGUCAUGCAUCUUUUAACGCAAGCAAACAUGCCUAAUUGAAAUAACGUGAUUAUUUCAUUAGAAAUUGAAAGCAUCAAUUCCCUUUGGUCUUAAUCCACGUGGGACUAUUCCCAAAUCUUCAGUUUUACACAUUUGUUUGUAAACACUACAGACUUUAUAUUAUGUUAUGACUAUUUGUUAAAUGAAAUAAAGUAUUGGUCAAGGUAAUAGCCAAAAGACCGCUUUAUUGGAGCAAAAGCAACAACGUUUAGACCCUGUAGGUCUUUAUCAAGCUUGAUAAAGACACAUUGUGUUGAAAUGUUGCUGCUUUGGCAGUCACUUUAUUGUUUUAACUUAUUACAAUAAUUUUCUUUUUUAAUUCACAUACUUCUGUUACUGUGAUUGUGUUUAACUGGAAUAUUAGUUUGAAACGCUGGCACAUAUUUUGUAAUGGUAACUGCAUUGAAAAUCGACCUAACUGGGCCUCCCUCUUCCUAUAGUCAGACAAAUUGCCCAUGAAUCAUGUUAAGUGAAGAUUAAAGUAACACUAAACUCUUUCCCACAUUUUGAUAGAAAUUAAAGUGUCACUAGGCAGAUGUGUUUACAUGCAAACCAAACUACAGUUUUUAGAUGUUUAGAUCACUUUUUCUUUGUAGAGAAUACACUCCAUUACCAAUGAACCCAGAAAGCUCAGCUUUGAGAAACUGGAAGGCUUUAAAGAAUCAAAAAGACAGAUUUUUUUUUUUUUCUUGUAUAAAAAGUUGGAUGUUAAUCUUUGUAUGGCUUUGCUUCUGUGCCUAUUUAAUAUAAAUAUAAAUAUAUUUUAUAUAUGUUCUAAUGUUGUAUAGAUUUGUAUUACAUGAAAUCUAUUUUAAAAUGGCUUGUAAUAUAAAACACUGAACACAUUUCAUAUCUUUUUCUGUAUGGAUAUUUUUACUGCCUUUAUAUAUUUUUUUUCUUUUCUUGUUAUUUCAUUGUACUUGGACCUUUUUGUGUUACUGUUACACAUUUUGUAAACAUUUUGUACAUUUGAAGUUUGGCAAGAAUAUUGUGAUAUUAGAUGGAAAACUAUGUGCAAUAUUUAAUGAUAAACUGCUUUUUAGGGUGAAUAACAUACUAACCACAUGGGCCUUAUGUUUGUAUAAAUGUUAACCCUUUUACAUUGAACAUUUGCUGUUCCCACCUGGAACCAGCACAGUUCCUAAUACACCCCCUCUGCUCAUGGGUGCUUCUCAGAAAGGAUACUUUUGAUACCCCCCCUAGCCCUAUGAUUUGAUACUUUCCGUUGACUGUAAUGAUGUUACAACAUCAUUGAGAAAGGCUCACUGGAAUAUAAUAAGUGAACCUUAGCAUGUUGAGGGCUUCAUCCCAGGGGACAACUAUCGUCACAUCCCUUAGUGUGCAAUGUAGAAGAUCAGGAACAAUCAUAUGCUGAUACUGUGGGAAAAGGUAAUGACUUUAUUGGGCCACAGUACCCAGGACAUUGAAUGCUUCAGCCUGUUUGUCAUUGAUCAUAUUGUUCCUUAUCUUCUCUGUAGUGACUACACAAUUGUUCCCCCUUCCUGUAGCCCAAUAGCUGCUUUGGCAAACAAAAUGGAAAUGCAAAAUAUGGAUCUUGCUGGCUAAACUUACUUGGCUCUGCAAAUUUGCACUACAAAUACUAUGGACAUUUGUUUCAUAGUAAACUUUAUUUGCUAGGACAAUUGAUAUAUAAAGUAGGCAAACAAUUAAUUUCAAAGAUUCAGAAGCCUAGUUGUUGUGCGAUUGUUGGUUUAUUCUUAUUUCAAUAGAGCUGCUUAACACUUGUGUCAACAUGUGAAGACAAUCAAAUAAGAAAUUUAUGUUCAUGUAUUAAAAUAUUUUUUUAAACAAUAA